AUGGCCACGACAACCUGUACGCGAUUUACGGACGAAUAUCAGCUGUACGAGGAGCUGGGGAAGUGAGUAUCCGCGGAUUUUAACGUGUUUGUGAGCUUGUGUGUUAGAGAGUGAAACGUGGAUGAAAUAUGGUGGAAGAUAAGUGCAGAACUGAGCGACUCUGCAGGCCAGCAAUGUUGUGUGUGUGUUUGUGUGUUUGCGUGUGUGCGUGCGUGCGUGUGUGUGCUUUUUUAGGGAUGUCAGCUCUCAAAAUACGCGGCUCCCCUUCUCUGUGUGUGUGUGUGUGUGUGUGUGUGUGUGUGUGUGUGUCUCUCUCUCUCUCUCUCUGUUUCUGUAAGUCAACAUCUCCCUCCAACACACGCCUGCUCCUCUGUGACAAUUUUGCGCCGAUAAAUUACCAAACAUCUGCAACAAUUCUCGCAAAUUUUGCAGUUAACAUCACGUGCAUGCGUUUACCGCUGAAAUACAGUAACGUCAGGGGUCUUGAGGUGCAACCACUGAGGGUACAAACACCAAAAACACCCGCGUUUUAAUCAAAAAGUGCAAGGAUUGAGUCGAAAUGCAUGAAUAUUGAGUCCUUGACAGCCGCACACGUAUCAGUUUUACACCAGAAAAGUAUGAGAAACAGCAGUUAAUAUGUACAAAGCAAAAGGAAUAAUGUAAUUUAAUGCAUUUUCUUUUGUCAUCAAAACGCACUUUUUCAGACUUUUUUGGGCUGUUUUUCAGUACUUCAUUUGCAUUGACCUAUUUCUCCAAGUUCUGAUUUAAUGCCCUCUAGAUGUCCACAUAUUUCGCACAAAGCAAGUAGUUUUCAUGGUUUCACUGCACAAGAUGCAGAAGUGUCUGCAUGUCUUAGACAGGGAGAUGAGUGUUGCAGUAUUUAAACAGCUGAUAACAGAGGAUAAGUUAUUCUAUGCUGACACCAGGCACAUUUGCACAGACAACUCUCACAUAUCUCUUUUAGUUCAUCUUAAUUUAGCUGCCCAUGUAAACUCGUAUCAGACGUUAAUAAAAGCAUGUCAUUAAAAAUGUCUAGAAUUUGUGCAAAACUUGAUAUCAUCACUUUAAUUUGGAGGUAAAUUGAAUAUUUAAGUAAAAUUUUCAUUGCUAUUAUGUAAAAUAAGCUGAAGUUAUACUACAGGGUCUGCUUGAAUAGAGCAAAAGUGAUUUUAAAAGCCUUAAACAUCAAAAAUUGAAUGUCCCCCAGUCCCUCACUCUCCUAAUAUUUAGCAAAAAUAAUCCCUUUACCUGCACUCCACCUACCACCAAAGUCAUAAACAGACAAAACAAGUUCAGCUCAGGUUGCUUCAGUCAUCCAACUCCCCCCUGAGUGCUGCUCACGCACUUUGAGUCUCUUUAUGUCAGCAUUAUAGUAAUCAUAUUAUCAGGAACCAGCGGAGGAGUGAGGGCAACAAUGGAAUAAUCACUCUUCAUCAGGCUGGCAUGUUUACAUCGCUGCUUUACAAUGUCGAGCAUCUCUGUAAUGCUGUUUUAAUUACAUGACUGAUAGAGAGAGAUCCUUCAGCUGUUUGACUACAAGUCUGCACCCACUUCUACCAUAAAAACCCCAAACUCAGAGCGGAAAUGUUUUACACAUUGAUGAGGAAAUAUGUAGUGUUCGCUGCAGCCUGUUAAAACUUGAACUACUCCUUUAAUUUCAACAUUAUUAAACAGAACAUGUUAAUAAUGGUCCCUCAUAAACCACUAGACACAGUCUGACCUGUAUGGGAUUCUGGAGACUGAUAGCAUGACCCAUUUGAGAGCAGAGAAAUGGACCAGUUACCUUGUGCGGCCUCAGAUAAAGGAACUUUUUUCAGCUGGGAUACAUGGGAACUUUUUUCAGCGCUGACUGUGAAUAGACUCAUUCAUAUCAUUCUUUAUUUAUAGGGCGCUAAAUCACAUCAAAUGUGCGAUGCUUAAAAGAAAGAGAAGACACAGAUCAUACUCUUUGUUUAAUUGAUAAUGACGCAACAUCAAGAUAUAAUAAGACUGAGUCUCACCUUGUUAGAUCCGACCCUUUUUUUCUGGUCUUAAUCUACCAUGAGUGAAACACUUUGCAGCAUUUAGCAGGUUAUAGUGGAGAGGAAAAAAACUUCCUUUAAUCAAGCAGAAUCCUUGACUCAUGUCAGACAGUCAUUUACAGCUUCUGUGAUUGGUGUGAGAAUAGAGAAGUGGUCAUUGUGGCAGCUGGUCCUUGGUUUAAGACGUUAUUGCCCGUUUUAGACAUGUUUUCCCCUCAUGGUUUUAGUCUAGUUUAGUCGAGAAAAUAUAAAAAAUGGAACCCUCUAUAGUCUGAAAUCGAUCACAGAGCCCAAUGUACUUUUUUAUUUCAUGAGCUAGUUCAUAAAACUGCUGAUUGUCUGUUUUGGCAAAUUAUCGGCCCGAUGUUCGGUGUUUUGUUCAUUAUCUGUAUUGGCCUUUUAAUGUACCAAUGAACUGGCUCUUCCAAGGGCAUGACCCCCUUUGGGUCUGCUUAUUUGCACAUAUUUGUCUCUCCUAAUGUCCCAUCCACAUGUUUUAAUUUUAAUUAAAUAUUGUAUUUAAUAUUAAUACCAUUUAUUUAAUAUUAAUUAAUAUUAAUAUUCUAAGUCUAAAUUUUGACAAAAAGUUUACUGUAAAUGAACAUUGGUUCCAAAUAUCAGUAAUAUUUUGACGUGUGUGUAUAAAUAAAUAUACAUAAAAAAAUCCAUCUAUCCAUCAUGCAGACUGGAUGCACAGCGGUCAGUCCCCUGUGUGUUCGAUUGAGGGGCUGCAGUGAUGUCGUAUCAGACAGAAUCUUAUUGAUCCUGCAAAAUGAGAAACUGGUGACAGCAUGAUGUGUUUUCACACAUAUGACUGAUGUUGCAUAUCUUCUCAUGGCUUUUGCAGUGGUCAAACAAUAUACAGGUGGGAUAUAAUGGCUAGUUUUCCAGGAUGUUAACACUAAAGGAGUGUUUUUGACACAAAACUGGGUCACCUUCUGAAUCCGGUGUUCUGUUAUAAUUCAUACCUUCGGCUGCUCCCCUCGCUGGCUUCCCAAAACUACCCCUCAGUUCUGCUGGAGAGUUUUGUUGGUAUAUCUACACACACGUUUGGAUGAAGGUUCUAGCUUGAUGGAUUGGGCAGACACAGGGAUGAGUCUGAUUCAUGACGUUAUAUCUCAGCUUUGCUCAUCUCUUCCCAUAAGUAAUAAAUAUUCUUCGUAGUGGAAAUUUAUCUUAAACCAGGUGAGACUUCCAGCUCUCUAUUAAAAACAUACAUUUGUAAGGAAUUCAAGAGAUCAAAUGCAACAGCCUUGUCCUGCUCUGAUGAAUUCAAGCUCUUCCACAAUACGCUCCAGUCAAAAGCAACACCUUUGAAGCUCCCUGUGUGAGAGAGACUUAUCUGCACACCCUGCAAAGUAUCUCUCAAAGACCAAUCUUCUUAUUCACGCGGGCGCAUAAAGCUCAGAGGAAAGAGCGCAGGUAUGAAUGGUUGGCACCCACAUGAUAACGCUCCCUGUAACUCUGUAAUACUAAUCUGGCGUCUGAGGCGAGCUAAUUGUUGCGCACUCACUCUCUAAUGGUGUCACUUUCUCAGCGUGGUUUAUGACAUUUAAGCGGUAGGCUUUGCUUUAGUCUGUUUGGAGUAUGCAUAAAAAGUCUGUCAGGCUUUACAACAAAAAGAAGGAGUGCAUUCUGGGAUAUUUGUACCAUUUAAUGUCAGAUGUAUGGAUUUGGAUAGGAGUCAGAAAAGCAGCAGGUUUCAAAGCCGACACAAUCUGUUAUUAUCAACACUGUGCAUAUAGGGCUGGGUGAUAAAACAAUAACGAUAUAUAUUGAAAAUUAACUUCCUUCAAUAUCAAUAUAAAACAUGGUCAAUAUUCUUUUCGAUAGUCACGGCCUUAUGACAAAAAGUCAAAGAGACACAAAGACCUCACAGAUGCAGUCGCUUCUUGUAUUGUAAAAGACUUGCUACUAAUAAGCACAGUUAAAUUUCAUUUUUUAUGUUACAGAUAUAUCAAUAUCGACUGAUGUGAAAAAACAAAAAUAGCGUGAUUAACUUUUUCCCAUAUCGCCCAGCCCUAUGUGCACAUUACACAAAAAUGGACGUUAUUUAUUUCUAGCCCAACACAAGCUCAGAGUUAUCUGGUUACAGAAGUCUGGACCACUGAAGGUGUCAAUUUUUUCAAAAAUAAACCGAGAUCCAUUUUUAUCUAACCAUGUCCACUCUCUUGGACAUGAAACCAGACUAUGAGGAGGAAUGACUCAUGAUCACUCACCUUACUUGACUGCUUCUCCUAGUGUGUGUGUGUGUGGGUGUCUUAAACACAACCAUGUGUCUGCUGGAUUCUUCCUUUGGGUCUAAAUAUGAAGGUACAGCACCAGUCCAGACCUUCAGUGAGGCACUUCAGACCCUCCUCAACUUUACGCUGUUGAGUUUCAGUCUCCCUUCUCUGAGUUUCAGGUCAGCUGGUCUCACCACUUUCACCUUUGACCCUGACCUUGUCGGCUGUCUGUUUCUGCCUCAGUGUGGAGGCAGCCCAGUGGCACCAGUCAGCCUUUAAGACUGAAGCAGAUCUGGAUGAGAAAGCCAGGGUUGACCCGCGUUGUGAGGAAACCAGGGCUGAGACGGUUCCUUGAACAAACUGAGUAACACAGAAACGCAGCUUCAUUUUCAGCACUCUUACUGCAUUUAUUGCCACACAAAAAGCCAGGACAAGCAGCAGAGCGGUUUUUAUCGCAGAUCUGCAAUAAAAACCUCUCCCUGACCAACUUGUUGGGGACUAAAGCCGUUAAUCCUCCACCUGCCAACACAGGGGUCACAUUUUUACAGCCUUUCUCAGGUGAAAGUUAAAGUUCAGCUCAGUUUCCUUUCAUUAUUUAAAAAUUAGCAGAGACGUUUUUCCUGUGAAAUCUACAGCCUGAAACCCGGUCCUACUUCUCUGUCUGCUCUGCUGUGCAGGGGCACGUCCAGACCUUCCCACUGGAUGGGUGGGGGUGGUGAGGGGGCGAUGGCACAAUUAGGGGUGGUUGGGGAAUAUCUUUAAAAUGUCACACAGGUAUUUUAUUCCUGUGAAUACUUUAUUAGUAUAUAUAAGUAUAUUUUUCCAGGUCUGUUUCCCGUACAAGAUAAGAUAACUAUUUAUUGUUACCACAAAAGGCAAAAUACUGUUAGAACAAGCUUUGAUUACUUGAUUACUAAAAUAUUUGAUCAUUGCAGCUCUAGAGGAAACUCCUCUGCAGACUGAGGAAAUAUUUGCUGCUCAAAGUUUAUCAGCUUUCUGUUUUUUUUUUUUUUUAAGGAACGUGGUGAUAUUUUUGUGGCUUCUAUUUUGUUCCUUGUGGGAAGAAUGAAUCCUCAGCCUAAAUAAUUACGUAUAAACAUUAGGGAUGGGCGAUAAACUAUUGUUUCCGAUAAAUCAUCAGAAAAAUCCUCCAUGAUAAAUAUUUGCCAUCUCACAAUAAAUACGAUAAAUGCAACGAUACGAUGGACUCGCAGCCGUAGCCCACACAGAGUAGCAUAACAAACAAACAUGGCCGAGGGUAAUGAAGAAGAGGUUUCUGUGCAGCUCGUUACUGAACGAGGCUCUACAUGAGGGAUUUCCUUCAAGAUUGGAGCUUAGAUGAGUGCAAUGAGGUAUGCCUGACAUCAGACAGUGGAUCUGCUCACUCUGUGCAAUAAGAGUUUUCAACAAAUGUCAGAAAUGUUUUCACACUUGAGACUUGUUUGAUGUCAUUAGUUUCCUCCAUAACCUACCACUCAAACUUGUGGUUAAGUAUCUUAUUUGACUACUCCAACUGGUGUUCUCAAGACAAAAUGAGUCAAAAAUAUAGAUUGGAAUUAUAAUACUUUUUAUUGUUAUCGCCUGAUUGGCAAAUCUUAUCGUGAUAAACUUUUUAGCCCAUAUCGCCCAUCCCUAUAAAGAUUUAAAAUUGUGUGAUAUAAAGCCAAAACGAAGCACACUGCAGUUACAGCAGAAGUUACAGAAACAUUGUGUGUAUCCCAUCACAGCAGCAGAGCCUCUGUCGUUGGUUCAAGUAUGCAUGUGUAGAGCAUAAUGUAUAUGUUCAUUUAUUCAUAUUCAUAUUAUAUGAUAGUUCAGGAUAAAGGAAAGGGUAUUUUUGGCAUGACGUGUUUUCAAAUAUAAAACAAAGUGAGAGAGUUAGAAGGUGUUUGUCUCAUCAGCUGUUUUAGCUGUUCCCUCACACCCCACACGUGUGCAUGUGAUUGAGAAUGUGCUGACUCGGCUCCCAAGACCUCAUGGGGACCCAUUAAGGAGACACGUCCUAGCAGCGUGGUCUUUUUUGCAGCUAGCUGGAGGUAACGUUGGCAGGUGGCGUUAAGUCUGCACUGCAAUGGGCUUUAAAUGUGCUGUCAUAGCAGGAAAGGUUCUCCACUAAACCUGAACCAUGGUUAUCUGGGUCUCCUCUCUUUAACUGUGUGCAAAGAGUAGUUUCAUGAAAAGAUGAUUUAUAACGCAACUCUAAGGUUCUGUCAUGAGACGACAUUGUCCACUGUUUGCUGAUGGGAUGUUUUAUUGUAUGUGUGUUUUUCAGGGGAGCCUUUUCAGUGGUGCGCAGAUGUGUGAAGCUGUGCACAGGACAGGAGUAUGCCGCCAAAAUAAUCAACACCAAAAAGUUAUCUGCAAGAGGUAAGUGCGGCUGUGCAUCAGAGUUUGAGCACCACGUGUUCUGACUUCAAGACGAGAUUAGUUAUUGCAUUUAAACACACACACACAAAAACACACACACACACAAACGCACACAGUGCUGUUCCACCCUGCUGGCUCCACCAGCUCCACCCCACUAUCACGCCUCUGCCACAUAUCGCAGAUGAGGCGAAUCCGGAUCAAGGACAUGAGAGCCAAUUGUACCUCUAAGUCGAACAAUAGUGAACAGUUUUCUUUCAGUAUGCAUGUGAUUGUGACAGCCUCUCUCCUCCUGUUCAUUCCGUCCUACGGCUUUUCAGACCUGCACCGACACACACCUGCCUCCUCCUGCUCCACCUCUCCACCCUGCAGUGUAAAUUUUAAACUUUAUCUCUGGCGUUUCUAUGGACGUGCAAACUGGCAAAACGGCCCCUGUGGUGAGGUCUUACUGGCUACCAAUCAGACCUAAAUUAAUAGCAAUGCUUCGUACCGAGCCACAAAAGCAAAGUAGACCAUCAGAGAGGAGAGCGGACAAGAGGCUGUUUCAGGAAAAGUUAUCUUCAAUGCUAAUGAGCGUACCAGCCUGAUCUGAGUGUUGAGUCCAUUUAAAGCAACAAAAACCAUAAGAAAGACUCGAUAAAGAUCCACCAAGACCAGUUUCAAGAUAAGAGAGGAUAAGGGAUCAUGCAGAGGGAGCAAAAGUGUGUUUUGAGGUUUGAUCAAAAGCCUUAAAAAGUUCCACCUCACUUACUUCCUCAACAAUAAAACCGUCAAACUUCAUCAAUUAAAAAGUUCUGGACCUAUAGUGGUGUCACACGCUGUGCCGACAGUACCAGUUUAGGCCAAAGCCAAGGCUAAAUGCCACGGCCAUGAGGGGUGAUCCGGCUGCCCAGAGCUCGCUGUGGCUCUCAGCACCAACACUUGCCUCGUGUAAAUCUCUCCAACCCUGUAACCAGAGCCCCCCGCUGCCGAGGCCCUGCCAGGUGGCACCACGCUGUCACUUGACUGUUACUCUGUCCUUAAACACACACACACACACACGCACACACACACACACACACACACACACACACACACUCUUGUGGUGGAGCAGGCAUUUUAACAGGCAUUAGCAGAGGGCAGCAGCCUUGAACGUCCGGUCGUAUCUGUUUGUCUCAAUCAGCAGCAUGAGAUCUGUCUGAACCAAGUGCAGAGCUGAAGUGGAAUUACAGCAGAAUAAAUCAUGAUCUCAAUAUUAAUCAAAAUAAUUGAGCCGCCCCGAGGUGGACGUGUUUUAGGUUCAUUUGAAAAAUUGUUUUCUGCUUCGUCAUUUUGCUGCGGAAACAAUCUCAAUCUUAAAAACUGAGCGAUUGACUCCUUACUCCCCUUUUUGGUGUUGCUGUUGGGAAUAAUUUUAGUUAAGUAAUCAAACAUUCAUCAUUUUUUUGCUAUAGAAUAUCAAACUACCAACAAUCUUUUUACUUGUUUGAAGCCGUGAUGUCACAUUUGAACUGUCUGUCGGCGCAGUCAGGAGCUUUUAAUGAGAUUAAACCCAUCCUAGAUUAUCCUGAUGCUAUUACCAUGAGGCAAACGGUUAAUCCCAGCGAUUGGCUUGAUGAGACCUAAACCCGCACACACACACACACACUAACAGAUUAAAUAAUUCACCUAAAGGUUGUGCUAUCAUUAGCUCUAUGUAUUUCUCUCUGGCAGCUUUAUCACAGAGUGCAGCUGCCUGCAGUUUCUCCACCAUCUUCCUGAGCCACAUUAUAAUCUCCCUGCUUGUACAUUUGAUAGGAGGACUGAUCUGACCUGACUGGGUGGUGCGCGAGGCUUGCGCUGCGCUCUUACUAAUGGAUGAGCCGUGUUCUGUGAAACAGCAGAGCAACGUUUGGGCUGCUGCAUACUACUUCUACUCCAGGUCCUAUUUUUAGCUCCAUGACCUAUCCGACAUGGGCUGCCACUGCCAGGUUUUAUGGCACUCAUGAUGACUCGCUGCUCUUAUUUAGAGGGGGGGGAUUUGUUGAAGUUUUGUUGAUGUUAUCUGAGAGGUAGCAGGUAAGGUCGGUGAGCUUGGGGUCCCAGUUGCAGCUACUUAAAGAGGAGUGUUUGUUUAGGGCUGGCAGAUGGAGACGGGAGCCGAGGGGAGGGAGGGGUCAUGCGAGAGAAGGCACCCCAGGCACUUGGCAGCUGAGGGCCAUGCGCCUGUACGCCUACAUGCCUUUAGCACGGGACUCUCAUCUGACUCUCUUUCUCUCUUCCUCUGACACACACACACACACACACACACACAAAUUCAGACAGACAUAGCAAGAGGAGCUGAGACUGUGAUGCACUCAGUUAACUGCAUGCUGAACUCAAUCUUAAAUCUAAGAGAGCGACAACAGGAGAGGGUUCUUGCUCAUUUUGGUUUAAAUAUUUGAAAAAAGGUGCUACAGUUUAUUCAGCAACAUCUUUAACAUGUUAAAAAACUGAAUUGUUGAGUCGGUCUGACAGAAUCUGGACUUGCUCUUCAACAUGUUAGUCCAGCUCAAAUUGAACUUCUGGGGAUCAGUUUUCUCUUCUGCUUCAAUCAGACCUAAACUAUGUCCACAUGCUCCAUACAUGGAAGGUGGAGCUUUGACCCAGAAAUUUUAUUGCAUAAAUGCACUUCCAGAAAGCCAGGUAGUAAACAAAACUUUGGCAAAAUAAGAAGGUAAACUAAAAAACUAAACGUUGAACAGAGUAGUUGGAUGGCCCUGCUUUUAAUCUUUUGGCUUUUUUCACAUCAUAUUGUCAGGAUUUUGUGAUACAUACUGAAUGACGCGCCAAGAUAUCAACUUUUUACUUAUUAAAGCAUGAUAGGACAAAGUUACAGAGCCCUUAAAGGGACAUGAAGAAAAACAUUUUAGUCUUAGAUAAAAAGAAAUUAAAUCACUUCUGCGACACAGGCACUGUUUUCUUAUAAAACAUGAGUCAUGGAGGACAAGUUGAAAGAAUUCGUUCAGUCAAGGGACGUGCGGAAGACAUUAUGAGCAUGCAAAGGGACAAGGUGGACAGAAAAUGAGUUCAAAAUAAGAUUCAAUGAACCUUUCCCACGGCUGCUCCAAUAUUUUUGUUGAAUUGACACGGAAGUAAUACACUGACCAAGUUUUUGCAAUAGUUUUGCAAGGGCACAAAAAACGAUUGCAAACGCUCGCAGUAGUUUUGUGAGAUCUCGCAAAAAAUCUCAAGAAUUUUUUAUUUUUUUUAUUCAUCCAUGUCCCUUCAGGGGCUCCGUAGAAAGUCAGUGUUUGGAGAUCAACCAAAGCGCAGCAGUGUUUCCCACGCAUACAUAGAUGAUACCUGGAUGAGUCACCUGAGUAUAUGUGCUCCCAUUUUUUUGUCCAUGUGACACAUGCUCUGCAGGUGGUCAGAGAGAGAGUCCCUCCUGUUAACGCUCUGAAGUGUGAUAUCUCAUAUUUUAAUAUCGACCCUCUCAUGCUGCCAUUUUGAAAGUAACCUCCCUAUCAGUGUCGUUCUGCGCUAUCUGACAGGUGGAUCCUUUUGAAAUGCCAUGUCAUGUCAUAUGCAAUGCUGCAUAUCGCUUCGGCAUAGCUUUAAGAUGGCCCGUUCGGUCGAAUUCUUCUUUUUGGUAACAUGCAGCAUGCUUCAAGAAUGUUAACGAAGCUCGGGAUGCCAGCGUCUUCAACUCUUGUACAUGUUGGUAACUUAAAUGCCUUCUCCUGUGGGAUUUGUCUCGAGAUUGCAGGUUUUUGCAGGUUGUAUGUGUUACAGUGUUUCCUCACAGCAUUUCACCUCCUGCAUACAGCCUUGCUUUUGCAUGCAGACUGUAAGUACUGACUUCCCACCCAGGAGGAUCUUAAGAGAUGAGGGACCACAGGAAGGGGAAUAUACUCAAAUACUGACCCCUGUAUGAAUGUCAAUUUGAGUGGGCGAAUCUGUUUCUGUGAAAUCUUUGAAGGUCUCAUUCACACGUGGAUCGCCUCAUGUGUUACCAGAUGAAACAUCUUAAUAUGCAGGUUGGGUUUUAGGUGGGAUGUUUGUAGGUUUAGGUGUUGCAGAACUUUGACUGCAAAUAUACCCCAAAACUCUCUCCUGUCCUGAGUGCAAUAACCAAAUAUGUGUCAAACUGUUUUGGUCAUGAUUUUCCAGCAUCAGUGAAAUGCAAAUGUAGGACAGGUCUGCCGGGUAAGGCCUGCAGCCAAUCACAGAGCUUGUUGCACUAGCUGUGAUCUCUGGACAGGGUUUUGCUGUAUUACAUUGUACUUUUCAAGAAAGAGAGUGCCUGUGCUUGUGUGUGUGUGUGUGUGUGUGUGUGUAUGCACGCAGGUGAGUGUCUGUGGAAGUGCUCAGUGGUCAGACUUUCACCUGCAAUGCAGUCUCACUGAUCUGACCCAGUUUGUCUGUCCAGCUUUGUGUCAAAGUCACAUAACCGGGACAGACGCAGCCACACCAGGCGAGUCUGUGAUAAACCUGAGUGUCAGUUGUGUUCACACACACGAGGAGAAACUUAAAAAUGAUCUCAAAUGUGCACAGACUUCAAAGACGCAUCAAGAGCCAGAGGUGAGAUUUUACCUGUUGGUUUGAGGUCAGCAGAUGUUUGCUGACUGAUCUGUACUGUGGGGCGACUGUGUUUAUCAUCACCCAGAAACACCCUCAGUGCCUCCAUCUCCUUGUAGGUACAUCUCUCUAAAUUCACAUACAGAUGACUGUAAACACUGCUGUAGACUGACCUUAAUUCUGUUUGUAAACUACACAUCGGCAUAAAAGCUGCAAAUUGCUGAAGUUUUCAUGAAGGAGCAAUGCAAACUGAUUUUCUCCUAAAACAGACAGCUUUUGGAGCCAGCCUCAAGUGGACAGUUAGGGUACUGCAGUCUUUUGCACUUAAAACCUGGCUUCAUUUUCAGUACUGGAGGCUGCUGCAUGAUUUUAGGUUAAAUUGAAGGACGUGAGGUAUUUUUAGGGAACUGUCUCAUGGCCCACUUCCCCACUAACUCCAUUAUAUUCUCCUGACAUUGAAUUCCAGUAUCCUUGAAAGAGUUCAGCUUUAUCUUUAAUUUGAGGGCUCCAGCACAGGACUACAUCCUCCUAUUCUCCAGUUACUAUAAAAUUAAUGGAAGAUCCAACAUCCUGACUCAAACAUGGCUGCUUCCUGACCUUGCUGACAUAUCCCGACUGGCGUGAUUCUGUUGGGAGUCAAACGUUCUGAACAGACGGGUUAUAUCUGGCUGUCUUUGUGGCUCUCUUGUUACAUCUCCUCCUCUCUUGAGGCUUCCCCGUCCUCACUGGCGAUGAUUAACCCAGUUGUGUUCCUCUCCUCUCUGCUCCUCCAACAUAUAGAAUCCCUCAGACUCCUCUUAAAGCUGCCAAGGAUUAUCUCACUCACUGAACACUCGGUCCUUAUGUUAUUCUCUGUAACCUAUAUCCUCCUCCCUGACCUCUUUUCUCUGUUCUCUCUACCUCCCUGUAGGACUGAUCCUCAGCCUCCUUUCUAUCCCUGCCUUCUUCUCUCUUUUCUUAUUUAACCUGCUACACCAGAAGCGCCCUAACUCAACGGCUGUUUACCACGCAGACUUCAUGAGCCCACCUAUGGGCAGUUUUAGUCUAAACAGUUCUAGUGACUUUUUAAGAGGAGCUUCUUUGACCAAGAAUGCAUUUAUGUUUGAGGGCUUUAACUUGAAUAUCCUUGUCCCUAACUAACGUCACAUGAUAAAUCUGUAAUUUUAAAGACGCAACAACUGAAGAAAAUACAGUUUAUGUUGCUUAUUGGCUGUAUCUAAUGAACCGAUGCUGAACUAGCACCAAUAUAUGACUGAUUAUCUUGUUUUUAUGUAUGCGUCGAGUCAACUUCAAGUCUUGAGAAGUGAGUGUUAAAACUGCAGUUCCCUGAGUGUCCACUUGAGGCUGGCUCCAAAAGCACCAGAAACCACACACACACUCAUUCAAAAAAGCUCAGUUUCAAAGCGCAAAUAGACAAGUGAACAGCCUGGUUCAAAAAAUGGUUUUGGUGUAACAAGCUCAGUUUUUUCACUACAGGAGGAGUGAAUUUGUUUUUAAAAGGGUUAGUUUUGAAGAUAUUUAGGUUACGCGUUUGGUGAAUCAGAAGCAUGGCAGGCCUGACUGACAGGUGGGCUUAUUAUAGGUCAACCAAAAGUUAGGUUGAGUCAGCACUUGCAACAUGACAACCGCUGCCAAAACGCUUCAAAAGUCCGUGAUGAGACAAGCGGGCAACCUCAGCACAGACUGUUAAAUAGUCUGUGGUAAAAAAAAAUGCAUUUAUCUCAGAGAAGCACACUUCAAAUUUAACAGUGAGUCCCUUCAAAAGUCUCCCGUUUCCUCUGAAUUGACACACAGGGAAUCUUUGGAUAUGUUGGGCCAGAUAGAAAGAGAAGGAUUCUUUAAACUGGGACAGCCUUCGAAUCACUGCUGUUACCCCAUCAGUCUUGAUUUGCAUCCUUCAAAGGAUGUAGCCGCCCUGAAAUGGGACACAGCUGAUCUGUAUUCAGAGAUAGAGUUGUAAGAAGAUCCAAUGAGACAGUGAUAUCCUAAAACACCCUCAUUCAUCCAUGACUAUCACUGCCCACACCCCCACACUCCCCCUCACCUCCACCUUAUCUCACCCAGGUCAGACUGUAUGUCCAGUCGCUCCUUUAUGAGGAGAGCUGGGAAGUACAAAGCCUUGUAAGAGUGGACCGCAGUGGGUGGAUCAUCCGUCAUUCACUGAGUUGGAUGAAGGUUUAACGCCCAUUGAUCCAGCAGGCCUGAUAAAGCCGGGAUAAAGGACUUGAAUUGCGACCUUCCUUGUAAAAGAAGAGGUUUGACGUCUGACUUGAGGUCAAUCUCUGGCUGCAAAUCCAAAGACAUAUUCUCUGUGACCCACUGGGUUUUUCAAUCCAAGGCAGGGAGACUCCCGACACAUAUUCUCAAACUAGUGUGAUUAAUUCCCGGGCUCUGACAGUUUUGUAUCAGUUUAUUUGUCAAUAUAAUUCCCUUCAGCUUUCCCUCAUGCUGUCCUCCAACAACAUGCAGAAAACUCAGGCUCAGUCCGGCCAUCUGGUGGGAGAAGCGAAGAUGAAUGGUUGUGCUUAUUUGGAGCCAAUUCUCUGCUUGUGGAGUAACGUCGGCAGAUGCUACGUACAAACUGAAAUGUGAUUCAUGUGCUUAUUACAGGAAGUAUGAUGUCUAGGAUUGUACAGUGUAAGCUGGCGGUGGGUCAGUUUUCAGUUGAGGGAUAACCUCAAUGUUAGAAAGUAGAAUAGAGUCUUAAAAGGAUAUUUCAGCGUAAAAUUAAUUCAGGGUCAAAAACACCAUAACACCGACUUAGACACCCCCCCUGAGAGAUGAAUGUUGACGACCGCUUGCUUCUCUAGUUAUACCAACUUUAGUAACAACGGCAAGAUAGCAAUACACAGUGGUCUGAGGAGCCAAAACAAACCUCAACCAAAAAGCCACUCUAUAGCCACAGAUAAUACUUAGACCAGCACCUAACUUCAUCAACAGUACAUAUAGGGUCCCAGACAUAGUACUAGCCUCCAUACAUCUUUUUAGCUUUGCCUGGUUUCUUCAGCAAAGAGACUGAAUACAACUCACCUAUUCUCCUCCAGCAGCCACUUGUUUGUAGCGAGACCUCGACCAGUCCAUCAUAGACUGAGGCGGAGUGAUGCAGCUCAAGGAAGAACAUUUAUGAUCAUUUCUUCAUGGAAAUGCAAUCAGACCGAGACACUAAGGCAGAGGAACUGCCGCGUCUGCAGUGCAAAAUGAUUAAUAUGAUGAUUAUUACUUCAAGGAAAUGAUAAAAUAAUGAUCAUAAAUGUCCGUCCUUGAGCUGCGCAAAGCAAAUAUACAAAAAUAUUGUAGAUUAGAAGAAUGAACGGUAAAGAUUGUGCAUGGAGGAAACUGUAUCGCUCAGGUAAAAAUGAAUGCAUCAUGAAUGAAUGAAAAAUAUAAUGUAAAAACAGAACAAUUUCAUGAAACUAUGAUCUGAAUAAAUAUAACAUCAAAAUAACAAAAUAUGUUGCAAAAGAACAAAAUACUAUAUAUUGCACAAAAAUAAAAAUCAGCAGAAAUUUAUUCAGCUAAAUUUAGAUGAUUGUAUCACAGGAGAACUUGUACUUUCCUGCGAUAGAUAUGCAGACUUACUCUGGAUGCAACUGAAAUAUACACCUGACAGAAGGAUUAACAAUUUCAUUUUUCUUCACCUGUUUCUGAAUAAGCUGCUGUGCUGUCUUUCAAAAUAAGACUGACAUUUUUAGAUGAAUCCUGUUUUCAUUCACCACCCAGAAGAAAACACUGGAGCCCCGAUCAAAAGGCAGCUGUGGUAGUGUUGGGUAAAACCGCAGCACCGUCAUUAAUAUCUUGGUCUUUAAACAAGAAGACAGCUCACAGGCUUUGUGCUUCAUAAUUGCCAUCACAUCUUUCUCCUCUCUCCCCCUUUCAACACUCCUCCACUGCUCUCUCCACUUCCCUCCUCUCAUCUUCUGGACUAUAAUCACUGGGCUUACACUUCACUGUCACUCCUCGGUGCCAGUGUGAAUGUGUGAGCUUGUGUUUUUGCUUGUCUACUUGUAUUUGUCUUCAUGUGUACAGUACAUGCUCAUUUGUGUGUGUGUGUGUGUGUGUGUGUGUGUGUGUUUUGACACUGGUGAACACAUUUCCAUGUUUGUGCUCUCAGCUGAGCUCUGCAUGCCUGCACAUACGAGGCGGUCCACCCCCCAGUGUGUGUUUGUGUGUUAAGAUUGCUGCUUGCUUGAUAACUAUUGAAUCCAGGUUGGUUGGCAUCAUUACGCUGUUAUACAAGUAACACACAAGUAUGAAUAAACAAUCUAAAUACACAGCAUAAAUAUGUGCAAUUAUAAUGUUUUUAUUAAACUGGUAGCUUGACGUCUUACAGUUUUUUUGGUUCAAAUUUUAAAGUUCAUACUGUAUUUUGAAGUUAUUUUUGCCUUGUAGUUAAAGCUCCUGUGAGGAACUUUUGGUUUGUGUAAGAUUCAGCGCCCUGUAUGGACAACGCAGUCUUUGCUUGUCUUGUCAAAUUUGCUUUUGUGUGUCAAAUGAAGGCAUUAAUUUGAAUUUCAGUCUAUUUAUAAAUGUUAAAAACUCCUCACAGGAGCUUUAAAUAAGAUGUUAUAAUUUUAAAAGUUAAACUGAUUGGGUUACUGUCUAUCUCUUCACUGGUUUCUGUAGCAUGGACAUAAAGCUUCUGUUUUUAUUAUUUUUCUGCAUUUAAAAGUAACGUGACUUUGACAACCCUAUAACACAUUUGUCUGCAAUUACGAAUCAACACUUGUGCUUUAAUGUGUGGUGAGAACUUUUCUUGCCUAUAAAGACAAGAAAAAAGUGCACUUUUGGCCAGUAAAAAUGUAUGCAAACAAUGGGAUCUUACAUUCACAAACUCAGUUAAAAAAAUGUAAAUGUGUAGAUCUGUCGAGCUGCCGUCUGUUUACGUAGGAUGUUCUGCAACAACUACUUUCCUCAUAAAUUGUAGUUUGAUUUGCAACAACAGGGAAAUUCAAAAAUAACAUACCGAAAGGGAAUGUUUAUAAAUCUUUAAAAAACUGACUCUAAAAAUCAGAAAAACAAGCCAUAAACAGAUUAAGGGGUAGUGAAUCAGCUUUAAAAUAGAAAUGUAAAAGUUACAGCACAGAAUUGUGUAAUUAAAAGUGAGUAUUUGGUAUGUCUAAAGGGAAGACAAAUUCAGAAAAAAGGUCAAAAUUAAGAAAAAUGUACUAAACACAUUAAAUUUCCUUUUUGAGGAUCAAUAAAAUUCCUUUUAUCUUGAUAAAGUUCUUCUUAAACACGGCUGAACAUAGAAUCUGUGGCUAACAUCUGCAAAGCUAGCACACCUGCAGUCAGUCACCAGCCUCUGCUUGGGAGAAAUUACUCUAAUAAAGGGGUGAUACGCCACUUUUUUCAGACUCAGUCUUCAUAAUUCAUUUUCUGGAUUAAGAUUCUGCACAAUGUUACAAGAUGCCAUCUGUAGUCUGUGCCUGUUUACAUCGGGGUAGUUAAGUGUUAAAGCCUUAUGUCAGUCCGCUUUAGCUCUGGCUUUGUGCUGCAGCUUAGAUACAACAUUUCAUAAUUUAUUCAACUAAACAUGCACAUUCUGAAAAUUCAACUUCCCUGAUACUGUUGGAUCGUUUUGUUAAGGUUGGUUAAGGAGAGUAGAAACAUGUUCAGGUGAAACUGAGGUAAUAAAUCAUACCUGUACGUCAGUUUGUGGAUUUCUGUCAAGAUGGUUGAACUGACUGUCACACCUUCGAUCAAAAUUUUGUUUUUCUGUGAAUUCAAGAGAAAAGAUACCACCAUGAUGAUCUUAUUAAAGAGAAAACACAAAUUAUUCUCACACCUAAGUGUCUGACUUUUUGAAAUACAACCUAAUUGUCUCUGACGUCAAGACUAACUCUUCGUGUUUUCCUCUCUGUGUUUUUUUUUUCUCUUUUCAGAUCAUCAGAAGCUGGAGCGAGAGGCCCGGAUUUGUCGCCUUUUAAAACACCCCAACAUCGGUGAGGACGUGUCUGUUUCUAUUUUCAUCUGCCUGACGACAAAGUACACCUUCUUAUCUAAAUAAAAACCACACUAUCAUUGCCAAGUCAGGUGCUAUUUUAAAGUAAACCACACGUGGGUUUCUUCUACUUUAAUAAAAUCUUCCAUUAGCUGCAGAGGUCAUACCUCACUGUAUGUUAAAACAAAAACAUUGACAGUAUUUGCGACUGAGAGCAUAAAGACAGAGGUAACAGCCUACAGGAGUGUCAAUAAGCAUCCAUAAAUCUCUGUUAGGAGACACGCCUUUAUUAGCAGAACCUCCUACUGCUCUGUAAACAUGUAUAAUGUAAGACUCAAUUAUUAGGACCCCCUGUGGUUUCUGGAAAGAGGAUGGUUAUAUGUGCCACAUGAAGGUGAAGGAAAAAGGGCGACAAGCCUGGACCCUUGCUCAUAUGUUUGCGAGAGGGAGACACAAAAGGUUUUCCAACGUAAUUGACGCACACCUUCAUUUAAACAUAUAAUAGCCAUCUAAGACAUAUACUAUACUGUGGUUAUCAGUUGGCGCCAGACAGCGCCCUGCAGAAACACAAUAAAUAUUAACACAUUUCACUGAAAAGAUAACCAGUGCAAAUGUCAGACAGAUAAUAUAGUAGUUUGAAUGUGUGAAAGGUUACUAUGGUAACAGGGUAAGAGUUUGCCGCUGUAUUAGAGAAGGGAGAAAGAUGAAGUGAACUAGGGGAAAGGUGUGUAAACUCACACUGUGUGGCUCCAACUUAAGCUGAACAGUUAAAUGUCAGAGUUGGUGUUUCCCACGCAAUCCUGUGUUGCGCAUGUGCGUGUCUCUUCGCACAGAUCUUAGCGGGGGUUCUUUUCUUUGCAUUGUUGAGGGUAAUAUGAGUCGAUGGCGUUGCUAUAUUUUGUUGACCUGUUGCUUCCUGGUUGCUUAUUUGCAUUUGAUACUCCUAGCAAAGAUAGUGAGGAUGCAAGAUGUCUCACUCUGCAGUAACUCUGGAAAAUGUUAUGUUCCCACACGGCUUCAAAACAUGCAUAAAAUAAGGAAACUAAAAUACAGAAAGACAGAAAAACAGCUUGUUUUUAUAGGUGUCGCAAAAAAACGUUCUCAAUAGAUAGAUAGGUAGAUGAAAAUAGGUAGAUGAAAAAAGACUAUUUUACCCACAAGGGGUGCCAAAAAUGACUCAAACGGAAAGUUCCUUAUAGGAGCUUUAAAUGUAAGUAAAAAAUUAUCAUGUGUUUCAAUGAAGCAUCCAGGUAUUGGUGCACAGAAGAAAAAAAUAGCUCAGAUCUACUGAUCCCUCACUUCUAACUCGACUGUUACAGGUCAGCUGAUGACAAAUACUGCCCCUGACUGUCUUAUAUGCGGGUUAAAAUAGCAGAAAUUGAGCACUGCCAUCGGUGUCUGUCAAAUUAUUUGCCAAUACCUGUCAACCUGGCUGAUAUAUCUGUGCAUCCUUAGUUCCUACUUUAUUCCCCCUUUUUAACAUUUCUACUCAUAUCAUGAUGAACAAACGUGAAUAUACUGAGGAGCUGACUUUUACCUUUCUCUUGCAGUUCGUCUCCAUGACAGUAUAUCAGAGGAGGGCUUCCACUACCUCCUGUUUGACUUGUAAGUCCUCUCCCUGCCUGCACAUACAAUUACAUAACUCUCUCUCUCUCCUAUAUUACCCCACCCCCCGACCACCAACACCACAACCACCACCCACGCUCUCCACAUCCAUCUCUUGGCAAUUCCCUCCAGUUUCCAUGGUAACAGUAUGGGAAGUUGGUGGGGCGAGGGGGGAAGGAGGAUGCUGUUGGAAACAAGAAAUAAAGUUCAAAUCCUUGUCUUUAAUGCCCCCCACUCCUGAACCAUCACAGUUUAAUAAGUGUGUGUGUGUGUGUGUGUGUGUGUGUGUGUGUGUGUGUGUGUGUGUGUGUGUGUGUGUGUGUGUGUGUGUGUGUGCAGGGUGACCGGAGGUGAACUGUUUGAGGACAUCGUAGCCAGAGAGUAUUACAGCGAGGCUGACGCCAGGUAGGAGCGCAGCCGUCACUCCUGUAUGUGUGAAAAAGGGCUUCUCCUCCUUGUCCUUAUAUGGUCUGUGUUGUCUGUUUACUGUCUGUUUACUUCCUCUUGUUUGUUGUUUUUUUAUGUCGACAUGUUUUCCUCGUUCUUUGACGACUCUGCUUCACUCUCUUCGAUGCUCUUCUCUUUCCCUCUAUCUGCUCUGCCUGGUCUUUUCUUUCUCUGCUCGCUUCUUUACUGAUAUUUUUCUCUCAUAUUUUCUCUCAGCUACGUUUUUUUUUUGUUCGUCUUUCUUUUAUCCUCCUCUUUUUCUGCUGCUAGCUGUCUCCCUUUGUCUCUUUCUAUUGAAUUCCCAAUUUUUAGAUAAACCACUUUUCUUAUAUCCUCCUUCUUUUCCACUUUUACUCCUCUGUCCUUUCCUCUUUACGUUACUAUUAAGACACACGACUACACCUCUCGAACCAUCACAGAAGAGAUGCAAGGUUUGACCAAUUUAAUGCGGUAUCGCGUAAGUGAAUGGGGCCUCUAAGAGCUUUUAAUGUUUGUAAAACUUUUUUACGGCAGGUUUGAACUGCCAGCCUAGUCUAAUGCCAAAAUUAAAGCUCCAGUCAGGAAUUUUAAGCAAGUGGCGAAACUUUCUGAAAUUCACAGAGGCAUUUAUUUGUGACCUUCUAAAGCAAAAAAAAAAAAAAAAAAACUAACAGCAAUCAGAUUGAUUAUUUAUUGAAUGAAUUAGCUGUGUGAUUGCAGACCAUAACUCGCGAAUAAAUAAAUCAGCUAUGUGAUUGAUGACAAUAACUGGUUAUUGCUAAUACACGACGCAUGUGCGCUCUGCUGCACAUAUUGAUACACAUGAAUCCGAGUUAGCACCAUGUAAGAAAAAAAAUAGUUUUUAAGCCGUGGUGGUACGCAAUGAUCAAUUGCAUUAAGGGGAAACCCUAAAUCAGAACACAGCUAGCUAAGGGGGCACACAGAAAGUCAUCAUUUGGUUCAGGAAGGGAAACAUCAUCUAGACAAUGUCUGUCCGUCUGUCUGUCUGUUGUCAGAGCUAUAGCAGAAGCCUCUGUCAAGUUGUACACAACAGCAGUCUGUGUUUGCUCAUAAAGGGUUGGUAUGACUCAGGCAGAAACCUUGAACAGAACCAGACUCAUGUGAGACAGUCAUCUGCUGAGACUGCAUUGGGUUUAAAGAGGGGAUAGAGGGAGAUGCAGAGAGCGAGAGAUGGACAGAUGUGAGACUGAUGCAUUUUCUAACAGCAGCUUGUCAGCAGGCACGUCCGCGUCUGCAGCAGCGAACCAGAGGAACCUGCGGCAUGAUGGAGCUCAGGGACUCCCAGAAAAGACUGUAUCAGUGACUGUAAUAGGACAAGAUGAUUAAGAGUUAAUGACAGAUACAGAAAGAGGAAAGAGGGAGGAAAGGGGCUCAAGGUGCCAGCACCCUCCCAGUUUAAACCUGUAGCAGCAUAACUGAGAAUACAGUGUGUCCUUUGCAUCAUGAUUUGCACUGAUCGCAGGUCCUUACCCAAAUACAACCUGUAUAAAUUUAUCCUUAAACAGCAGCAGAAUUAUCUCUACAACGGUAAUUAGUCCAUGACCCAGGAGGAAACUGAACCCCAGGACAUAACAAUUAUCCUGCUAAUAAUGACAGAAAACAGUUGCCUCUGUCGCACUCUGAUAUCUUUAAUAACACUAACAAACUCUGAAUUGGUCAAACCUUUAGUAUCUGUCUUUGAAAUGAUCCAAUUAGCUGGGCUAGUUCAGGUGAUCCAGUACAGACCCCUUUAUUUUCAUGUUACCAUCUCCAUUUCCUGUCUGUGUUUUCUCUUCAUCACACAGUAGGAGACAUAAAAACAAGUGUAUUAGGAGAAGUAACACUGAUCACCCUACCCUCCUGUAGUGUGUGUAUGACACUCAGACCUUUACUUGUUCUUUUCCGCUCUUAAUUUCCUCUCAGUCCACUUUCUUUUCCAACCUCCACCCACCCGCCCACCCACCUACUUUUGAAUCUUACUCCCACCACUUGCCUGGACUCAUGGACACAUGGAGCUCACUUUAACUAUCAGCAGAAGAGGAAAUGGAGUAGAUGGGGGUGGACAGACAAUAGGCUGAGAGAAGAGUGAGAGAGAUACUUGAUAAUGACAGUUGUGGCGUGGGUGUUAGUCCAUUCAACAACUUUUAAAGUGAAGCUGAAUACAAUCUGAUGUUUUAGAAAUUCAGGCACACACAUGGCGGAGUAACUGUUUGCCCUGAAGCCUCAGUCUGGUGCUGAAAAGCAGUUUGACUUUACGCUUGAGAAACUGAACUUUGACCUGUUUUUGUCAGAGUGUUAUUCAGGCGACAGGCUUUCUAAAGAGAAACAGAAUAAAAAAGCUCUCACUUUGUGACAUUCGGUCAAUGAUAGUAUCAGUUUACUGCACUGACUGAUGUUCCAUUUUUUCUCUCUGACCUUUGAUAGUUAUUAAAAAAUCUGUUUUUAUGGUUGAAAAUUAUCUGUCGUGUAACAUAUUUUUGUUGAGUGAAAGAUCUCAAAGCGGUGGGCUGUAGUACAUCACUUACAGAUAUCACAGUGUUUAAUUGGUGGGUAAGGAUGUCCUCUAAAUCCAGUUUGCCUGAUUAUCAUUGAUCCAUUGAAUAUGAACUAGGGCUGGAUGACAUGGCCCAAUAUGUAAUGGUAAUAGUUUUACUAUUUUCUUCUGUUAUUUCAUUCUAUCUUUUUCAAAAGGCACAGUUUAAGAAAAUGUCAGUUUGCACACUAACUUGCCCAGUGCUUGAAGAGAGGGUCCACUAAUGCUGGUUUAGGAUAGUAAUUUAUUGUUUUCGUAGUGCUCUGAUGGGUGAUACUGUUUCAAAUAAAGAGAACAUUUUACUGUCUUUGGUAGCAUGUCUUGGGCACACUUUGCAGUACUGCUCUGUUGUCAGAAUGUAAAUGCCCCCCAUAUUUCUACACUACUUAAAUUGAGUUGCCCUUAUUGCUGUGCCCCCUAGGGCUGAGUGAUGUAUCUGAAUAUUUACACAAAAAAAUUUAAUUUAUGAUUGGAUUUUCCUUUUGACCUAAAAGUAGAAUUCAGACAAAGACAUGACUCUCAACAUUGUGAUUUGUUUCAACUCUGGAACCUCAAAACUGCAAAUAUCUGUCAGCCUAUCUGCCUUUAUUCUUGCCACAUGAUUGGCUGUUCUCCGUCUAUCAUGGUAGUUAUUGUUUUGUUUUACCAAACAGCCUGAGUAUAGAGGACCCCUCAUCUGGGGACCUCUUGGAUAUAUUUAAUUAAUAUAAUUUAAUCUACAUAUGAUUUAACUGACCCUUUUCUCAUUCACAGCCUUUCUGAGUCAUGGAAAAACAGGACAAAGUCUGAAAUUUUGCUUAACAUUAAUUUUCAGGAAAAGUAUCCUGAAAUAUACUUUUUAUUUACGAGCAUCAGCUUAAAAACUCAGACUGAGCACGUGAGUCAAUGUGAGGAUAGAUAUCUGUUAAAAAUAUGUUCUAAGAACAUCAGCAAACCUGUAAAAAUCUAUUUUCUUCCCUCUGAAAGAAAGUUUUUCAUGAAUUUAAAGGGAACCAUAAAAAAUCAGUCAAAAAAGCUAACCCAACAAUGACACUGUGAAAUUGAGAUCCUUUCCCACUCUCAUUGAUACUGAUAAAGUCGCGCCUGAGGAUGCCUUUAUUGCAAAGUUCCCACUGCUGCCUGGUUGUUAAUAUGUUGUGUUUCCAUCAUUACCCUACAGCAGGUCAAGAACUGUUGUGUUUUCAGUAAAAUGUCAGUUUGAUUCACUGACAGCUGCAGUUUCAUGCCAUGCCUUGCAGCGGCGACAGCGGGUGGCAAAGAGGCCCACAUGCCACUCACUGUGAAAAGGUCACAUCUAACAAGACACUUGAAUUUUUCAUACAAAUAUACAAAUGGUAGUUUCAGAUAAUCUGGGGUGAGUUUUGAACCAGAAAACACUGUUUUUUGGAGUGUUUUUAAUAUUUCAACUGCAGUCAUAGCCCUCCUGUCAAUUAUCCCCUUUUUUUUUUUUUUACAAUGUUCUUACUGGCACUUGUUUUGUUUUGUUAGGGGUCUUUGCUGCUGCUCUCCCUCCCUUGGCUUUAAAUGUAAGUUAAUGAAACAAGAGGAGGUGUGCUUCCCCCACUUUAUGCCAAACAUAUGUGGAAGGGCAGGAAGCCAUACUGCCAAGUAUAUAACAUACGAGUUAUAUACUUCUCCAGAGAGAUGUCCAGCAUAUUAAAAAUCUGUCUUUUUAGAUAUUAGAUACCCCCUCAGGUGGAAACCGACUGACAGCUCUCGUCCUUUAACAACAGGCUAAUCAAUAACACAAUAACAGCAGAAGCUCUGUCGUCCUGUUUACUUGUGACCUUUGCAUCUUUGAUACGCUUCUUCGUAUGAUACUGACCUUUGACGAAUCAAUACGUGAAUUUCUCAUUAGCAUGUUCAUUCAUCCUGUUUUUUCAUUAUUUGUCAAGGGACGUCUUUCUCCAACUUUGGUGCUAGUUUUUCAAAUAUAAAAUUUGUCCUCACUGCAGAUUUGUUAGCCGAAAGCUGGAUUUUUCAUUCUUUUCUUUCCUUUUACUCGGUUUUCGAGCUGACGAGGACGUUGUUUUGACAGAACUGCGUAUUCAGCAGGCUUCAACGACUGCCAGUAAAUCUCUCUUGAUGCCAGAUGAUGAGGAAUCUUUAUUUUGGCUGUGGACCAGUCAUGUAUGCCAGCUGACAUGAUUCACAUGACGUUUGUUUGACGGGGUUCCUUUUGAUUAAGCUUUUUUCUCUUGUUUUCUACUUUCUGCCAUUCAGCCACAAUAUUUCACUAUUUGGAUCUUAGCGUGAGUGUGUGCGAUCCUGUGUGGCUACUAUCAGGGGAUUGCUGUCUUUGCCACUCACCUUGUAACCCUUUCAGUGCUAAUCUGAAGCUGAAGUGCGCUCACACUCUCACACUAUCAGUCUCCUUUUCGCUUCCCUCUGAAUGUCAGUCAUCCAGGCCAGCCCCCCCCCACCCUUGGAGACCAGCAAGAAUUGGGACUUCAAUUAGCUUCAGUAAUUAGUCUCUCUUGCUCUCUCUCUCUCACACACACACACACACACACACACACACAAAUCACACCUUGUAGCCUCCUGUCAGUAUCUACCAGUUUCUCCUCAGUUGUGUUUGAUUGGAUUGAGGCAAUUAGGAGUACAAAUUGGGAGUAAAUUACACUUAACGCUUAAUCAAGGUUUUUUUUCUUCACAGGGGAGCAGACAGACAAAAAUGUUUCAUUAGAGUAAAACUCCAGAAUCGGCAUAGUUGAUUCAUUAGCAUGUAGAGAAUACGAGCCCUUUACGCUGAUAGGUGGGGGAAACCUUUGCAUGGUUCUUCCUCCAUCAGAGGAGGGUUUCUACCACACUCAAGCAGAGCUACUGUCUGUUUUUGUUGUAUUUAUCUGUAUUUUUGGUUACAUGUCGACUUAAGCCCGACUUUGGUGGAGAACUGGUGGUUUUAAAUUUCAUACUAACCUGAGAAGGAACCUGUUACACUCAGAGUGUCCACCUCAAGUGAAGUGACGGCGGUUCUUGUCAACUAUGACAUGUCCGUGUGCAGAGGCUUCUUGUGUAAUCAAACCCACUCUGAUCCCAUUGUCAUCCAUGAGUACAGUAGCGAAAGAGUGAAGAGAAAGGAGCUGUACACUCCUGUUUUUUUUUUUUUUUAAACAGGAUGUUGAGUCUGUAUCCUAGCGAUUGUUUCACAAAGAACGUCACAUGGAACUUCAGCUGUUGCCUUAGGUGGGAUGUAUACAAGUAGUGUUAUGAUAUGACUGAACUCCCUUGGAACAUAAUAUGGCUGAAGAGCAACUGCCAACAGUUUAAUAUUUGGACAACAUAACUUCUCCUUGACAGUUAUGUGUGAAGAGUUACACCAUCUCUGGUUGACAAAUAAAGCCAGACCUCCUCCUGUCUUCUUGCCGCUAGCUUUAGCAUCUCUGCCAGACCUUAUGAGAGUGAAGCCAGUUAGAUCCACACUGGAGUCCGAGUUGUUUUGAUUCAACCAGGUUUCAGUAAAACACAGGAUAUUGACACUUUGUAGCAUUUAGCAAGUUACAGAAGCAGGAGAACUUCCUUUACCAGGCAGAACCUUUGAGCAGAACGAGACUCAUGUUAGACAGUCAUCUGCUCAGGCUGCGUUGGGUUUAGAGAGGAGAUAGAGAUUCAGAAAGAGUUGUAUUAUGGGAGAACAAUGUGAGAGUAUGUGACAUGAUCUCCUCAGACAGUAGUUUAACCGGCCUUUGCAGGGCAGUGAAAAGAGCAUCCAGCCAGUCUGAUGUCUGUCAAUCAUGCAUCUGGGCCAGUGGGCUUGUCACAGUGCCAAAGUUCACCUUGCUCGUCCUGCUGUCAUCUAACUUGCUGUAUAUCUUUACUGUUUUUGUCAGAUACCUACCUUGUGGCAGUGAUCACCUGAGUAAAAUAAACUUUACAGAAAUAUCUUCUGAUAGUUUUCUUUGCUUUUGUUGCUUCUCUUGAGGUGUCGGUAUAAAUUCAAGUGUGUCUGGAAGCUGGUGUUUCAUUACUGGCUGAAAGCUUUGAGUUCAAUGGGCUGCCCUGCGACAAGGCUGCAAACAGCUUCUGUGGCAUUCCAUUUCAGCAAAUUAUCUCCUGCUUUUCUUCUUUUUGAAUUGACUUUUGGAGAAACAUCAGUUUGUAGAGCUCUUGAAGAACAAAUUAAAGAAACUCAGAUGUACCAGACACUUGGCAAAAGAAGAAUCUCCUUUACAUAUAUAACGCUACAAUGUGUGUGGUACUCUUCAUCAUCUUCUACCUUUUUUCAACCUCUACCUCUUGUUCUUUUUUUUUCUUCUGUUCAAGCUACUAAAAAAAACGGACAUCCUUACAAUUACUCACAUCCCUACUCUCCAGCUGGCUUCCUUGUUUCCACAGAUGUUUGCAGGUCUUUUACCAAAGCCAGAAACAAUUUUCUUCUAAAUGAAAGUUAAAUCGCUUUAAAAGAUUCACACCUUUCUUGCUCUGUCCAAAAAGGCGUGAAAGUGUAAAACUACUCUUUACCUUUACCAUGAUUUUGUCCUUUAAACCCUUCCAUCAUCAAAGUUAAACCUUUUCUCUGUGUUUGUUGUAUUUUCAUUUGUUAAAUUACUCCUGUUGCAAACACAGAAGUGAAAACACGCAAUCAAUUGUUUCUGAUUGAUUAUGCAUACACAAGCUUGAACCUGGUUUAUUGAAAAAACAGUGUGCAUGUUAGUCUACUUUCGAAUUAGCACACUCAAAGAGAGAGAAGCUGCUCUCUCCUGACAGGCACACCCGCUCUGUGUUUGAUUAUCGUCCCUCCACUCUUCAGCAUCCCUGCAGAGAACAGUUGGACGUUGUUGUUGAAAGUGCUGAGCAAGAUGCAUUUUUGGCAUUUGUGUCGAGGAUUGCAUUUUUGUUUGUUUUUUUUUACUUCUCUGCCCCACCAGGAGGUCAUAAAUAGAUGAGUCCUGUGAAAUGACAUUAUGGUUCUGGACAAGGUUGUUUAGGAGGCAGAUGGACUUUAAAAGGAGUAUGCUUUCUGUUUAUGGAUGCAUACAGUGUAUGCAUUUUUACAUUCGUAUUAGAUUUCUAUCAUUGAUCAUUUCCUCUUCUCUGCCUCUCCUGUCUGAUGACCUGCAGCACCUGACACAUGCUCUGCUGUAGGGCUGUAAUCAACCAAAGAAAUUCUUGGUGGACUAAAACCCUGAAAAUUUCAACUAAAAAUUGACUAAUGCGGGUGGGUAUUUUUCCCACUCUGACGGCAAACCCUUCUGCAGUGGGGGACAACGCGGCUCAGCAGGGCAAAAAUAUACAGAUAUCAGCGCAAAAAGGCAAUUAAACACAACUAAAUUUAGCAAACCACCGGACAUCGAUUGAUGUGGACACUCUUCAAUCUUCCUGUCUCCGGUAGGUUGGGCGAAUCCAAAAUAGUGAAAACAGGAGGGGUGUUCUGAGAUAGACUUUUACCUGUGAAACAGGGGUGUUCUGAAAACACCCUCUCUAACACUCGGUACAUUCCCUCUCAUGAAAUUGACUGUAAACUGUAAAUUGACGUGGAAAGAAUUGAGUCGACCAAUCAGAAUUUUGGUCGACUCAGCACGUAUCGACCAAUAAGUCGACCAGUCAACUAGGACUUCACAGACCUACUCUGCAGGUGAUCGGAAGAAGCCCUACUACUCAUCCUGCCUGUUAAUGCACUGACAGAGGUGCAAUAUCUGAUGCCAAACUGCCUAGCAGCGUUGUUUGAAGAGUUACGUAUGUGCUGCUGGGUGCUGCAGAUGUCAUCCCACAUUAUCUUAGUUUUGGGUUGUUUUUAAAAAAUUCACUAACAAGUUUCAUCUGUGUGCAAAUCACCUUUUGUGGAAAUGCAGCUUUUGUGGAUUUUUGAUGGAUAUUGUUAAAAGGUGGGACACCUACAGUAAAGAGAAACAGUACAAGUAGGCUGUAACAUGCUUUGGUGCAAAUAAAGAGAGGAAAGCUGUCGAUGCAGUGAGCGUCAGCCAAACUCUGGUAUAUCUACUGUCACAGUCUUUGAGAUUUGUGGUCGGCCGGAAUGAGGGAGAAAGGGGGAGACAUGCAGUAAGUGUUUAGAGCUGGGAGUCACACCAGCAACUGCUGCGACAGGUGCUAUAGCCAUUAUACGUGGGACAUGAUUAGAUUACUGAAUGCAAAUUCCGAAUAUUCUACAAAAGUCUGCAGUCUGCAGGAGCUGUUUGUGUAUAUCAGCCCAAAAUAAAGCCAUUAGAGGGACAAAGUGCUUGGCUGGAGUCGUCUGCAGGAUGCAACACCUUUAGCUGUAGUGUUUGCAGUGAAACAUACUUCAGAUGUUAAACACAACCUGGAUAGCUAAAUGAAAUAGGGGAUCAGACAUGAUUUACUUGAUAGGAAGCUAAAAAUUGCAGGUUCAAGUACAAUAAUAACUUGAUGAGGGGUUGACACACCUGCAGCAGAGUCAAAGUAGCGCACUCUAGGGCCAUCUGUAAAUACUGAUACAGAUAAUCAGCGUAAAGCCAAUUAUCAGCCCUGAUUAUCAGCCUAAUCCAAUAAUUGGUUUACCCCUGUACUUGAGACAUGAUUAGUUGUUAAUCUUUAUGUUGUUUACCUGCCACUUAAUGCCCUUGUGCAGUUAUUGCACAUGGCCAGAGUAGAUGAGAAAGUUGCAGAGGAACAGCAGAGACUGAUUGUAAAUGUGCCGCCUUCCUCUCCUUGAUGCCCUCUCAUGGACUCAGAUUUCACCAUCACUUGGUGAAGAUUUCUGCAUUUCUGGGGUGUGACUUUGACAUAUUUUUGGUUUAAUACCUUCAAAAUCCUGCUCACUCUCGCUGGGUUUCACUAAAGAUGCUAAACCGAGCUUUAAGGUUUAAGAUCAGGAUGUGAGUGCAGUCAGAGAGGAGUCAUGUUUUUUCUUUUUAGACAUGUGUGAGUUCAAGUGUGAGCGUACGCGAGUGUGUGUUUAUGAGCCAGUGAGCACAUUUAUCUCUCUCAUUCUCUCACUCUCGGUCCUCCCACUCACUAGACACUGUGUGGGUGUGGAUCCUGCAGGCUGCCUGUUAUUACUCACAUAUUCUGCACAUUACACUUUCUCUCAGGAAGGUAGGUGAAUCUUUCGCACUGCUCAGAUAGUGACGUUUCUCUCUUUAAGGAUGGGAAAAAUAGCUCAGCGUCAGCCCACCAGUCUUGUAUGAUUCAAGAUUUUACACAUAAGUGUACUGUUUCCUCUAUCGUCAUCUCCCUUUUCUUUCCAAACGCUUAACAUCAUCUUUUUCCUCUCCUCUCCUCUCCUCUCCUCUCCUCUCCUCUCCUCUCCUCUCCUCUCCUCUCCUCUCCUCUCCUCUUCUCUCCUCUCCUCUCCUCUCCUCUUCUCUCCUCUCCUCUCUCGUCAGUCUUCCUGUGAUUUCCGUCUGUCAGGUUGUUCUGCUGUGGCUUCUCUUGUCUCUCAUCAUGUUUAAAAAAGCAAAACGAAACCUUUUUUGUCUCCUCCACCUACCCACUUCUCCCUUUCCAUCAUUUCAUCCCUCCCUCUCUCUCCUCCACUUUACUUUCUUUAUCUUUCAACACACAACACACUCUAUUUUCUCUAAAUUUGUCAUCUUGUAUUGACCCUGCAUGCCUUUCUUUUCACCUAGCAUCCUUACUCAUUUCCUUCAACCUCCUCUUCCUUCAUUUAUCUCUGCACACCCCCCUUUCGCCCCCUCACCCUCCCUCCUUUUUCUGUUUUGUCUUCACAGUCACUGUAUCCAUCAGAUUCUAGAAAGUGUCCAUCACAUUCACCAACAUGACAUAGUGCACAGGGACCUGAAGGUUAGUAUAUAUAGAGGAGCAUCUGCAUCCCUCACCCACCCCUUCCCUUUAACCUUUGCAUGCUUCCUUUCCUCACUCCUUCCCUUUUCCGUCCUUCCUGUCUUUCCUCCGUCUCGUCUGUUCGUGUCCUUCUUGUCAGCUGUCCAUCUAAUGUCCGCCUUGUUUGAUUUGUCUUUUGGUAUGCUCUUAUGUUUCUUGUAGUUUUGUUUGUUUGUUUGUUUGUUUGAUCUGGAGGACCCAGGCCUGCCUCACCCAUCACCCUCCCCUCCUCAUUUCCCCUCCUACGCGAUCUCCUAUCAAUCAUUUAACAAACAAGUACAAAUCAAAGGCUCCUGUUGCACUGACUGACAACCAGAUCGAUAGAUGAAUUAGCCUCUCACACAAAGACAGGUUCCCCCUCAGUCACACAGAUCACCCUGCAGGUGUAGCAAACAUUCAGUGUUUACACACGCCCAAACAACUAUCAAUUUCUCCCAAGCAGAUACAAAAGCUGAAGAAAUAUUUAUUGCCAUCUUUAUUGAUUUUUACCCUCCUCCUCACUUUUUCUUUGGCUUUGACUCAAUUGUAUUGAUCCCUGUGUCUUCAAAACAGCCUCAUUCAACAACACAUGCAUCUUUGUAAGAUGAGAGAACACAAUAACAGCAGCAGGAGGAGGAGGAGGAGGGGGCUUUUACAACAAAAAAGAAAAUCUAUUGAGCAUCCACACUGUUGGUCUUGUGGCUUUGGUGAGAAGCCUUUGCCUCUGAUCCUGAAUUACACUCAGGAAACAGCAGACCUGGACCAGGAGUGUCCUUGUAAACCCUAAAAAGUUUUCAGGAUGCUGCUUUAAUUUUGUGAGGUUAGCCGACAUUGAUUUUUUUUUACCGAUUAUUAGUAGUUCAUAGGACUGAUAACUAAGAACGGAACUGAUAUGCACUGAUAUUAAAAUCAAGUCUUACGCCAUAUAUAGGAGUUAACCUGUUACACUAAGCCAAUCAGAUAGUGUCGUGGGCGGGACAUGAGCUGCUGCCACACAGUUACAAAACAUUCAAGUAAACUCAACAGAAGCAUACCAAACAUAGCAGCGUAAAAAAACUGAGGUCGCUUUCACACCAGAGCUGUUUGGUCCGCUUUAAACGGACCAGAGUUCGUUUCCACGGAUACUCUGCUUCGUUUGGGCAGGUGUGAAAGCUCAUCCGAACUCUGAUGCAGACCAAACAAGCGAACUCUGGUCUGCCUGAAAACGUGGGUCUCGGUUCGCUUGCAAGUGAACCCUGGUUCGGUUCGUAUGCAGUGUGAAAGCUCACCGGACCAAACACAGGACCAAAUGUAUGUAAUGACGUUGUACGCAGUGCAUACGCAGUGCAUCUUGGGUAGAGGAAGCACAGCGUCACUUGUUGCUAUGGCAACAAGUGAACGCUGACAUUAGCAGUUGCUAGCUAGCUUAGCUCAACUGUCUGAACAACAAUGACCCAUAAAUUCACAAUUUGGCAUAUUUAAACAAAAUCAAAUCACAACUACCAACAGUCACAGUCCUUAAACUCUGAGCUCAUAUGUUGUCACGUUAGAUCGUCAAAGUUAGAAAAAUAACAGGAUCAAUUCCUGACAAGCUACGAAAGCGUUAUAGGAACAGUCGCGUUCACUAAUGUUGUAGCAUUCCAUAAAAUAAUGUGAUGAAGCACAAUACAUAACAGCUAGUCCACCCCUGUUUGUAAUCCGUGAGGUUAGAUACCCCUCCUACUUUGUCCAAUCGACGAGCGCCCCUUUCAACCAUGUGAUGCUGCCCGGAAAGUUUGGUGUGCUUUAGAAAUCACAGUGUGAAAGCAGAACCGAAACAAGUGAUAAAUGCAGCAGCGUUGCGACUUUCAGCUCCACAAUUGAACCGAGUCCGCUUGGUCAGGUGUGAAAGCGACCUUAGAGUACUGUCUUAUACAGAAUGUGUCAAAUUAUAGACAAUGGGAGAAAAUUCCAGUCGCUUUUAGAUCAAACUAUAGUAGUGUGAAUGUUCAACCAAAAGCUUGUUGCCAAACCAGGCAGUCUAACUUUUUCUUUUUAUGUUCUAAUGUUGUCCCCAGAAACACAAAUAGAGACAAGAAUUAAUAUGAUUCUAUUAAUACCGAUGACACUGACAGUUCUGCUUAUCAAUUUAUCUCCACACGGACUCAUGUGGACUUUCUGUUUUGAAAGAAGUCAGCUGUUUCAGUUUUCAUGUAUCGUUUUUCAACAGCUAGUUUUUUUUUUUUUUUAGAUUUAUUACCUUCACUGCUCUGCUUCUGAUUGGGCCUUUAAAGGUCAGCUGAUCGCAGAUACAGCCUCUGAUUUAUCGAUAGACCUCAACCAAAUUGGGGCCUUCUGUCAUUUUUUUUGCUUAAUUUGAUACAUAAAUCAGCACAGAUAAUCUCCUCUUUCUCUCUAACCUACUCAGUGAGAUAGAAAAGUGAGCUCUGUAACCUCAGCUGCAAGCCCACAGAGUCACCGUUUAUAAGCAAAGUUGACCCUGUCCUUGUCUUUUAUUCCAGCGUUUAUGGCAUAGAACCUAAAAUACUUCCCCAAGGCAAUUCUCUGCUCUUGUUGGUGUUUUGAUGGUCUGCUCAAAUCGACUUCAAUUGUAUACAUCCUCUACUUUUCUUUAAAAGUAUCAAUGUAUUAAAAACUGAGGUCAUGUGUGCCAUUCAAUGGUCAGGUUACGAUGAGAAUACCCUCUGCUUGCUCAAACAGUAAAUUACUCCAGAAGGCCUGAUGUAUAAGAAGAGAUGAGAAAAUGCUUUUUGUCAUUGUUCAUUCUGAAACAGGAUGUUUGCGAUAGAGUAGCUGGAAGUAAAAAAAGGGAGCACUAAAAGAAAGGUCUCCGAAACAAAAACAUUGGAUGCAGUAGACGGCUCGACCCGUCCUUUACUGAUGACUAUCACAGGGGAGUUUGUGAUGAGCUCCUUUAGUUGAGUACAGACACAAACACACAAGAUUCACACCCUGCAGGUUACAGAGCUCAACAGCUGACCAAGCAGGGGGAGGAGGAACAUGGACACACUAAUCACACAGAUACGCUGAAGCACAUGCAUACCAAAACACACAGAUCCAUGCUCGUGUGUGCAUGACAGGACACAGUUCACGGACACAGCUUUACUCGAUCACUCGAACCUGUUAGUUACACACACAUCACUCGUAGCAUUGUGGUUGUAAAUGUGACCUGCCCAGUAUUUAUUCAGCGGGAGACCUUUAGGAAUAAGACACGUGAUUCUGAUUUAUAGCUCUGAACUUUACAGACGUGCCGGCCCAUCUUCCUGCCUCACGUUCUUUCUUAUGUUGUAGCAUUUGGCAGACUGGGCCAGACUUGUGUUUAAUUUCAGCCCAUCACGACAACAAAGCCCAGAGGUCCUGUGAGUAGUUUGGUUCAGCUUUAGCUAGGCUGUUGUUUGUCUUCAGACAGGCUCAAAGUACUGAGAUUUCAGGCUGGUUUGUAACUUAUCGCCUUGCACUGUACCUCACUUAGAGUCUGGAGGAAUCUCUUGGUAUGUGUUCUACUUUAUCCUAUCGUAUCAUUUCAACCUUGUUCAUCGUAUCUUAUUGUAUCAUGCCAGUUCAUGGUACCAUAUCAACAGUAACAUUUGAGCUAAUGAACUCUGCUAUCAAGUCUCAUGGGUCCUGUUAGAUGAGGUUUUGUCUCCUGUGAAGUCAUGUUAUUCAAACCAAAUCUCUGGGUCACGUGGCUUUAUAUUGACUUCAUCUCUUUUUCUUUGAUGGGCGUCAGUGCUUUCAAAGUUUAUAUUAUCAAUAAUAUUAUUAUUAUUAUUAUUAUUAUUAUUAUUAUUAUUAUUAUUAUUUUAAUAUCAGCGUUAACUAGGGCGUGGGAAUACGGUCACAGUUAAAUUUACCAUAAUCCUUCAGCACUUUUCCUGAACUAGUCCAAAUUCUGAAAAAAGUGAUUAGUCGCAAGUAAUGACAAGUCAAAGUCCAUACUCAUAAAUAUUCAAAAUUUUAAUAUUUUAUCUUUUAAACAUUUUGAUACUAACAAACAUGGAUUCUUCUUAUUUGUAGUCAUCAAUUGCAGGUUACUUGUCAGUGCACAGGAGGUAGACAUGCAUGGUGCAGCUAUGAUCCACAUGCAACACCACAACCUCAUCAGCAGGUGCUUGUGCGUGUGAGAGAGAAUAACAGUGUGUGCUCAUAGAUCUAUGCAUCACUCCUCCCACAACUGGACCCUGAAACCACGUCCGUGUUGUCUGCCUCGUCCCACUCACAUAUAUACCCUCUCCCUUCGUGCAGACUUAUCAUCUCGUCACUGCAUUUUCUCUCUGAGUUUAGGGUUUAGCUCACUGACAUCAGACCGACAGCUCUUGUCAGCAGAGGCCAGCUUAGCUUGCAGCAGACAUGGCAUUGAUCCCAGACACAUCUUUUAAAUGUUAUAAAUUGCACAAUGACUCACUCCUUCCCUCACCUCCUUCAUCAACACCCAAUGGCCAGACAGAUUCCCACACCCUCCCUCAUCACCCAAGGUCUGCUGGCUUAAACAUGGAGGACAGUGAGGUAUCUAGAGUUCACCUGCAGACACCUGAACAUUAACAGUGUCUUGAGAGAUCAUGUGUUAGGAGUCUGAAGGGUAGAUCUUUUGAGGUUAGGUUAAAUUGUUUAAGGAAAGCAGAGAAGUAAAGGAAUUUUCUGUUGCAGAGUCGACUGAGUCCAGCUGAGCGUCAGCCAGCUCGCUAAAAUAAAAGUCAUCAAAGACAAGUGCAAGGCUAUAAAGAGAGAGUUAAAGAAACUCAAGCCAGGCAGGAGUCAUUUUAAUGUAACACACUGUAGAAGAUACGGAUGGCAUGGUAGGUCCCUAAAAGUGACACCAAAACCAACAGGAUGCAGUCAGAUAAUAAAACCUUAUAAACCUAAUAAAGAUAUAAUCAACAGUAGCACAAGAGUCUUUCCAAACUGUGUCUGUCCCAAAUUAGCCUCACUCUGUGCAAUGACAUGUCAUCUAGACUUGUAAACAGUCUAACUUUAAUUCCAAUUUUCCUUAUUACGGAGAGGCUCAUCAUGGCAGAGCGAACCAGCAUACAAUGUAAACUUGACUGUGAUGGGACAUACAGAAAACAACGUUUGGUUGUAAACCUACAGGCCAUGCUGUGCAACAGAAUAUUCCUUUCACCACUCUGCUGAAACCCCUUAAUCCCCGCCCCCCCCCCAUUCCUUCCCUCCCUCCUCUUCCCCACACACCUCUGGCCUGUGCACGGGAUUGUAGCGCUGCUCUCAGACUAACAUGCGCCCCCCCCCUCCCUCCUUGGUGUUUGCAUGCAGUCAUUGCAUCCAGCAGAUCCUGGAGGCGGUGCUUCACUGCCAUCAAAUGGGUGUGGUGCACCGGGACCUUAAGGUGAGUGAUGGGGAUCACCUUGCUUUUCCUUUAAGAGUGUGUCUAUAUAUUUAUGUAACAGGGUUCCUGAGUGUGUUAUUUGUGUACUCUGUGUAAAUGAGAGACUGUGUUAAAUGUUUGUGGACAUAAUGUCACUUGCAAAACUUGGGGACUUUUCAGGGGGUUUUAAUAUGCAGAUAUUUGCUGGAGUCCUUUUUACACAUGAACUUCACUUUGAAAUUUUUUCAACAUUACCUGAGAGGGGUGCAUGUUUGUACACAAGCAGCAAAGUUUGUUCACUCUUUCUCCUUGCACUUUUGUAAAAAAAAAGUUUGUAAAAUCUAAAUCAGCCAAUGUGUGCACAAAGUAGGUAAAAAUCUGUGAUAUUCACAGUGAGUGAGAGGGCAGGAUGGUGACAUCGUUGCUGCUUUAAACCCUUAACUGCUCAUUUUAAGUACACUGGAAUAUUUUUGAGCUUAUUCCUUUGUUUGGUUAAGGUGUAUGAAAGAAAAAGACCAGAUAUUGUCAGGUCCUGAUCAAGGUUUCCAUCAAAUUCAUGCAUGAAAAUAGCUUUCGUGACUCAAUCCAGGCAAUCCAGACAGUCUGCUUAAUUUUACUGUAAUAAAGCCACGGCCCUUUCAUCUCACAUUUCUCAGACUUAUUUUUUUUUUACCUUCAGGUCCUGACAUUUUCUAAACCGGACUUUUCAGGGCUCACACAUGACCUUAGCUGACUCUGCAAAUAAAGUCAUGUCAUCUAAGUAGUCAAUGUCUGGAAAUUUUCAGGAGUGUUGUGCAAGUGUAAAAAGGACUUUUGCCUCAGACUAAAACUCUCCUGAGCUCGAAUAGUCUGUGCAGCUCAAACACAAUCACCAUGAGACUAAAAAAGUACCACUUUCAACCUUCCUUUGCCUUUCCCCUGUUGUACACAGCCUCCAGCUCUGUACGGUCACCUUCUCUCCCCCUGCAGUGUUAACACCACUUCCCCCUUAAGUCUGUGGAGGUUUAAAGCAUGCAGCGCUGGUCAUGCGGGCUGAGCAAUGCUGCCGCUCUGUAACCUUUAUAGAACAGGAUCUUGUCAUUGCACAGUGGACAACAUGACCCCUGAGGAUACUUUAUCUGACCCCUGGUCUAUCUCUCAGUCAGAAGAAGAUGUUCACUUUUGGUUAUGAGACAGCUUGUGUGGUGUGUUUUGCUUUUAUAGAUCACUCUAUGACUGCAGUGCUUUUAGUGUGACAGCUCAUUUUCUGCCUCUUGCCGUGUUUUGUUGUGACAUUUGUUUACGCUGGCUAACUGGCUGGUAGCAGAGGCUUUUUUAAAGGUUGGAAACUAAAAGCUGGUAGCUACCUUUGAAUAACUGGUUACAGUUUUUUUAGCACUGUGGGAUGUGGAUGCUUAAUGCUAAUAGAUGUAAUUUGCAGGCUUUUAAGAAAGUGUGAUUCAUUUUAAGGGUGAGGUACUUUCGCUGAGCUUGAAUUGUGUUUUCAGUAAGGCUGCACAGUGAGCGGUAGUCGCUGCUGACUGUGAACUUUUCUUAGGAUCUUAAGAGUUUCUAUUUGGCUUCAAGUUGUGGUUUCCUAAACAAAGCAGCACCUCAGAUACAAUGAGCUGUGUGUGUCGUGUCUGUGUUUUGUCUGUGCAUGCUUAAAUAUCGCAUCUUGUUGUGCAUGUUGCGCCUCUGUCAAGCAGACCUUUCCUAUGCAAAUGACAGUCCCAGUGUUCUUGUAAAGGCGUGUUGUGUUUAUCAGAACUGUUGUGGCUAUUUCUUUAUUUAGCCGACACGCCUAUUGGGUUUCACACCCAGGCACUGGAGAGCAUUUCAUGCAAUAGGUCAUAGUGUGAUGACUGAGGACAGCCUGGGUGACAAGAUCCCUCAAAUUAGGAAUUGGGUUAUGGCAAAUAGGAUGACAACACAGCAAACAGAUUUAUAUGGGUGUCAGAAUAAGGUGACACCAGUUCCCCUAUAUUUCUUUGACUACAUUUCAAACUCAGAAGUUUCUCCACUACUCCCCUAUACAUUGUGAUUGUAGCUUAGGGGUGUAAAGGUACAUGGUUUCCUACCAAAGUGUUUUAGUACGACAUUUUUUUAGUUCAAUCAUUCUGUUGAAGUUAUUUUUUGUAUUAAUUUUGUUAUCUUUAUUUGUGUCAUAAUUUAUAUUCACCAUCUUAAAUGAAAAAUCCAGUUUGAUCUGUUGAUGCUGCACUUCAGACAAUUGUUUAAAGUUUUGUAAGUUAUUUGUUUCCCAUAUGAUAAAAAAAAGUUCGGCACCAGGAUAUUAAACUGAGAAUUGUACUAAAUCAAAAUAUAAUAAUGCUGUCUCAUCUCUUGUAGGCAGAAAUAUCAAAACAUUUGAAUGAUGCUGAACCUGAGCCUUUACUUAAAUCUAGGAAUUUUAAACAAAAGGACCAGUUUCUAUUAUAACAGUCUGCACAGACUUUACCUUUACCUAUGAAGGUUCAGCCUGGACUGUUUCAGCAGCUCCAGAUCUUUAUGUAGACAGAGCAAUGCCAGUAAAGAAGAACAGGAGGGAAUCAUCUCAUUUAUAACACCCACUCAUGAAGUGCUCUCUAAUGCACAUGUACCCUCCCUUCUUACCUCCCCCUCUUUCUGUCAUACAGCUGUGUGUGCAUGCUCGAUUGUACCUGUCUAUGUGCUGAAUAUCUGGAGACAGAACAAAGUGCUGCUGAUUGCUGCAGGAAUGUCUUUCACAUGUGGCCUGGAUGGUUCUCAGCACAUUUAUGCACCUUUUUGACAAAAGCACAUGCUUCAUCAGAAUUUCCACCCACACGGAUUAUCGUGCCGCUGCUGCAGUGUUGGCAAGUUCUGUCUCAUUUACAAAAGAGGAAAGCCUAACUGAAUGGUAGAGCUGGGAGGACGGGAAGGCACAGCGCCUUUGGAUUACUGGUUCGCUCACUCACUGUCUCUCUUGGUUGCUCAUUCCCUUUCUCUUAUACUUACGGGCUCAGCGGCUAUAAAGGCCAGCUUUUAAGUGUCUGCACUUUAAAUACAUGGUGUCCCUCUACCUCUCAAUAAAUUAGCUGAGGAGCGAUAGGGCAGAGAAAUGAAGGUAGAGGGUGCAAAGACACACACUGCUGCAGUGCAGGGAGGUGGUUUUUAAAAAUGCAGCCUAAACAUCAUGUCCUCACUUUCUCUUUUCUCUUUGAGAGCUUCUGGUAGACCGUUUACAGUAAUAAACAUGGCAAGUUUUUCACUGUUAGAAAAACAGACUGAGACAGUCACUGAUCCCUCUCCAUUAGGGGUGGGAGAGAAACGCGAUUCAGCAUAGUAUCGCGAUACUUUGUCCGGUUAUAUAUCGUAUUGUCUCAUUGACCAAGUAUCGAUUUUUUUCAAAUUAAUCGCUAAUAUAAACUCAGGUCUAUGAUGAUGGAAAAAUAAAAUAAGUUGUUUGUCCAGUGAAGUUGGCAGAGGUGACAUCAUAGAGCAGGAGAAAGUUAGUGCAACAAACAUAUAAAAGGUUUGCAAGAUGAAAAUAAAAUACAGUGUAAAUAAGACAAACAUAAAGGAAAGUCAAAUGCUAAAUUAGCUAAACAAAAUGUAAAGAUUACAAUAUAUUGUAUCCCGAUACUCACUGUAUUGCAAAAUGUUAAAAAUCAUGACAAUAUCAUAUCGUGGCCCAAGUAUCGUGAUAAUAUCCAAUCGUGACCCAAGCCACUAGUGAUUCCCGCCCCUACUCUCCAUGAGCGUUGAAAGCAAAUAAGACCACCAGAUGACUGACAGCAGGCACAGAGAUUUUUUUCAUUUCAGCCAAAACAAAGCACACCAAACUUUUAGUAUGAAAAAGUUAAAUCAGCAUGACCCAGUAGGAGUUAAUCGAGGGGUUGGGACAGUGAAGUCAAAGCUAGGUUCUGGUAAAGCUUAUAAAAAGUUCUUGUUUGUUUAGGAAGCUCCUUUAAGCUGCAGGCUCCUCUGGCUGAAGUGUAACUUAACUCAAGGUUUCACUUGUGCUUUGUUAAGGUAAACCCGUUAGCCUUACAGGUGACAUCAGGUAACGAAAAGUCUCAGCGUUUUAAAUCAUGUUUCUCACCAGAGUGCCCGUGUCUCUUAGAGAGGGAAUGAUUAAGUGAGAUGAAGAGAUUUAGAGAGACCGAGUAAGAAGGAGCAGAAGGCCAGUGGGGAUAGCAUCCCAUUAUUAGAGCCCUCUUCUGACUGAGAAUAAUGAGGCUGACUGCAUUAUCUGGGCCACAGAGACACAGCCUGCAGACCACAGCGAACUACGUGAAAGCGCCGAGGCUGCAUGGACAUCUAAGAAGCUGGUUUAUGCUUCUUUUAAAGCUUUACGUGAUCAUGCAAGUUUAUUCAAAUGACAUCUAUGUCUGUGUAGCUGUGAUGUGCGUGUGUGUGUGUGUUUUUGUGCCGAUGAGUCUGUAUCCUGUGAACCCUGUUACAAAGGUAGUGCAUGUAUAGCUCUCUACCUCCAGCUCUUCCUCUAAAUGGGCAGUGUGCAUUUACAGUGAACCCUGUGCAUCAUUGAAUAAAUGAUUGACAACUCUACUUCUCUGCUCUUUUUCCUCUCUAGCCAGAGAACCUGCUCCUAGCAAGCAAAUGUAAGAACGCCGCAGUGAAGCUGGCUGACUUUGGCCUCGCCAUCGAGGUGCAGGGGGAUCAGCAGGCCUGGUUUGGUACGUAGAGUAUGAAUCUGAUACGCUGUGACUCACUGAUCUGGAGCUGGUUGGUGCAACAGUGAAGGCGUACUGGGUUAACCUGCAGUUGAUGUAUAUACCUGAGAAAGAAGUAGAAUUGUAAAUAUGAAUAUAAACCUCUUUUGAUUUUAAACAGAACAAAGUUGAAGUUUUGGAGUACCUGAGUUCACCUCUGCUUGUUGUGGUGUUUCACAUUUAUCUGCUGCACAGAGGGUGUGACUUUUUUUUUCGGGAUAUCAAACCUGAGUCUGGAGAGCUCAACUAAAAGUUUAUAGAUAAGUAAGGGAGAGCUGGUUGAGCCAGUCUUAGAUCAGGAUUUCUCAGGCACGAAUCUCCCCUGGAUCUCGAGCACAAAUGUAAUCACCAUCAGCAGAGGUAUCUUUGGUUUUCCUCUCUGAGAGAUUAGCCUGUCCCUCUCAAUCAGCUGUCUGUGAAGCCUCAGAUCUGUCUGUUAGAUCUCAGACCGCCGUGUGGAUGAAUAGGUUUUAGCUUACGGAAGAUUAUCCUGCUUCUUUACAAGCUGAUCCAAAGAGAGGAGACACACAAUCUGUUGCCCUGGGCAUGUCAGUCAAUCUUGUGUGAGUCUGUGUGGAUAUGUGUUUGUGCUACAGGAUUUGCUGGCACACCGGGGUACCUGUCCCCUGAGGUACUGAGGAAGGAGGCAUAUGGCAAACCUGUGGACAUCUGGGCCUGUGGUGAGUGGUGCAAUGAGACACGUAACACACACACAGCGGCGCGCACACAAGAAAACAAACACACACUGAAGCACAUUGUCUGACAACAUUUCCCUGGUUUGUGUGUGUACGUGUGUGUGUGUCCAUAUGUGUUAUUCUGUGUGUCUCAGGGGUGAUCCUCUACAUCCUGCUGGUGGGUUACCCUCCUUUCUGGGAUGAGGACCAGCACAAGCUGUACCAGCAGAUCAAAGCUGGGGCUUAUGAUGUGAGUGUCUCCUCUCCUCCUCUCCUCCUCCUCUCCUUUUACUCCCCCCUUUCUAAAACGCCCUCCCCUCUCAUCCCGCUGCCCUCCUUCCUUUUUGGCAGCGGUUACGUAACUCUGUCACCUCAUUCAUAUUUCAAGGGGUGCAAGUGAGGGAGCUUCACCUUAGAUCACUUUUAAGCUCAUGCCAAAAUGGGGGUGGGGGGGGCUGCCUGACUCUUCCUGGCACAGAUUCUGAGCUCAUUGGACACACACUCUGACUUUAAGUCAUCAUCACAACAGGUUCUGAUGGGUUUGAAGACCUCUCUGUAGAUUACCUGAUGUUGUGCUCGGCCUCCUGGUAUUGUUGAGAAACUGACCAAUGAGCUCAAAGCCUCAGUGUGGAGUUAUUGACUGAAUAUAAACCAGAUUGAAACUGAUACUGUUGCCCCUUUUAUUCAAAAAGGGAUUUUUUAAAGGGAUCACCAAAUGCACUUUCCCCUAAAUCAAAUAUUCUCCACAGUAACAUUCUAGAUAUAAUUGAUGGUAUGCAUAACAACAGGAUAUAAAGAGGGGUAAAAACAGUUUGCACAAAAAUGUUCUGCAAGGAUUUAUAAUCAUCGCCAGACUCAAAUGACUAAUCGUGGAAUUUCUGACUGAAACAAGAGGACAAAACAGAAAGAUAUUUCAGACUUACAAUGUCCAGUUUUCUGCACAUUUGUUCUUUUUGGAUAAACAAGCGUGUCCAGGAUCACAGCCAGUCAAUCACAAUCAAUCUAGCAGCCUAAAAACACAAACACAGAGGGAGGCCUGGUUGACGCUGGCGUGCAGAUGCAUGCCUAGACUUUGACUUUUCCCUAUUUGUUCUGCUUUGUGUCCAGAAGUGAGAGGAUGCCCUGGUUCUAACUCUCAAACUCCGUGGUCGCAGUGGCAGCUGUUGUGUUUAACUCCCUUAAACAAGCUCAUGAAGAUCUGGUGCAACAUACUUAGCCCGCUGGUUCACACUGAAACAUGGUUUUGACUUAAAACUCCAUGGUGUCUGCUCAAAGUAACAUGAGACCACAUGCCGUAAACUUAUUACCUGAUAAAAAUGGGAGAAAAGAUGGCUGUACCUGACUGUUUUUAACCGUCAAAUAGAAGAUGCUGAUCAUAAACCUUGAGAUGUUUGAUUGACAGUGAUACCCAAGAAAGAAAAGCAGUAAUUUUCUAAAAUUCAAGAGGCUGAAAUUCACAUUUAUCAACUGAUUUUAUCAUAUUUUUUUGUUUGCUCCUUCAGUUCCCAUCUCCAGAGUGGGACACAGUCACCCCAGAGGCCAAGAACUUGAUCAACCAGAUGCUGACCAUCAACCCAGCCAAGAGGAUCACGGCUCAGGAGGCCCUCAAGCACCCAUGGGUCUGCGUAAGUGUCCCCUUCCUCAGGUUAUUCAUGGCAGCUAAGGACUCCAGACCUAACUCAUUGACUGAUGUCUUCUGUUUAACCUUCUCCUCCUCUUCUUCCUGCUUCAGCAACGGUCUACAGUGGCGUCUAUGAUGCACAGACAGGAGACCGUGGAGUGCCUGAAGAAAUUCAAUGCCAGGAGGAAACUCAAGGUCUGUUUGCAUGCUCUCCCUCUUUCUCAGAAAGCUUAAAUGGAGAAUACAAAAAAGAAAAAAACCCUCUUCAAUGUCUUUCACAUCAGCACAUUGACUCGCUCUCUUUUCCAAGUUCUUACUAUCUUUUGGUCGUCUUCCUGAUCCAAAAAAUACGUAACGGGGCCCCUUCGCAUUGCAUAAUAAUAAUGAUGCAGCUCAUUUCUGUGGCAGUGCAAAAGAAACAGCAGCAAAAACACAUUUACAGGUAAAGACGAGCUGCAGAAAUCUGCAAAGAACUUGAUGUAAAUAUUUAAAUGCAAAAUAAAUUUCCAGCUUCAAAUCUCUUCAAAAUAGGAUUAAAACCAGGAUGUGAACAAGCUUCUGAGAGGAAGACUGAAGAGAUAAUUGCAGCUUCACCAUUCCUUCUUGGGUUAUGAUAGACUAGCUGCCAAAUUUACCCCUUCAAACAUCAAGUGCUUUAUUUUUCACAUCACUGUCUGUUUGCUGUUCUGAGCAUUUCUGGGACACAUAAAAACAGAACGAAGGUUUGCUGCUCCAUUUGACAUGUUGUCAUGAUCCAAUACUCAUGUUUUUUAAAAUAUCAGAUCAUAUCUCCUCCACUUUAAGAAGCUAAUGAGUGGAGGGGAAUGCAUUGUGGACACGCUCCAACAGUGUUUUGAGUGGCCGCAAUGCAUUGUGGGUGGCCACAUAUAUUGUUGUAAAAUUUCUUCAUUUUCUCUUUAAAUGUUCCAGUUUUUAUUAGGCUGGCAUUAAUGUACUUAAUUCGAGACUUAAUUGGAUUUGGGACUACUUUUGUGGUGGUUUGUACAUUUUGUUACCGAGGCUUAUCACGAUUAAAUAGUAUAUCGGCACAUCCCUACUACAGACCUGGUUUCUUUGUUUUAUUUGUGGUGAAAUCCUCAGUGAUGAUGGGGCGGGUCUUUGUCAGCAUCUAGAUUUGCUGUCUGUUAAACUGUGAUGGUGAUAUAUUGUGCAUUUUGUCCCGUGAAUUUUUCAUUAAAGUUCAGCCUUUGAAAAGCACAGUUAAAUUCUUGAGUUGCUUCAGCUCUUGAUUGGAUCCUUACUGAAGGAUGUACUUGACAUUAAGUAGUGACAGAGGAAACUAGAAGUGUUUAUAUUCUUACGUUAUUGGUUUAAAUGAUUCAAACUGGACUGUUUUCUUCUCAGGGGGCCAUUCUCACUACCAUGCUGGUUUCUCGAAACUUCUCUGGUAAGUGUUUUCCGGACUUUCUCCAUCAUUACUGUAUGGCAAAUACUCGUAUUAGUUACUGGCAUACCUAGAUGUGGUUUGAUUCUCCAUUUACUAGUUUUUACAGCUGUUUAAAAACGCUUAAAUAGGUGGCAAAGUCACCAGCCUGAGACACAUGAAGAGUUUUUUUGAGCAUUCCAGUGUACAGAGCUUUUUCCAAAUGAGCAUAAUACCUCCUCUUUCAUGUGUCUUCAUGUGGAAAAGUUUGGUUCAGAGGAACAUGCUGCUGUUUUGGAGAACUCUGCAGAUCUUUAAAGGGAUAUUCCUCCUAAGAUAGGACUCAUCAUGUCACUGCUGCCUUCAGUAGGAGGGUAGUAUUAUUUAAAGCAGAUAUUUUAACACCCAGAUAUUCCUCAGAUAUAAAGACACAUUAAUUUAAGACUUUAUCUUUUUAGCUCCUGUUCUGCUAAAAUAGCAGCAUGUGCCUUGUAAACAGUUUGUCUCUUUGGGACUGAGGUAUAUUUAUAAAUGAACAUAUGUAUUUAAGUUUUUAGAGCAUGCCUCAAUCGAGCAAAAUCCCAUUUUCAUACCAUCUCUUUGCAACUUCAGUGUUUCCCUUUGGUUUGGAGGUGAAUUUCUUUUAAGCAGAAACAUGUCACACUAAAACAGUGGUCAUUUUAAACAGCUGUGUAAGGCAUUCAUGCUGCCUUAUCACUGAAAAUACAGUCAAUAUGUAUAUUUCUCUCCUGCUCUCAUGAUCUGAUGGUUGAGCAGGGAAAAAAAACUCACACUGACUGUAGUGUCCUGCAGUGAGCUGAGAAUCCGCACUUUUCAUAAUUCUGCAACCUGCUUUUUAUUUUAGGUGAAAUCUCAACAAUGUGGCUCGAUUUAAGCAAAUGCAAGUUAAGGUCUCUUAACACUACUAAUUAUGUGUAUUAAUGAAAUGGUAGAGGCCUGAAAUCCUAGAUUGAUUUAAAGUUUGAGGACUUCUGAAGAUGGAAUGGAACAUAAAUACUGAUUAAAACUAAAAACAAGGAAACACUGAAUUUGACCAGCUAAAGCUGAAGAUGCAUUCCUGUCUGUGUUCUUGUCUUUAUAUCUCUGUAUAUCUCUGUAAUUUGAAGACACCCUGUAAUAGGGGUUUAACAAAGAUUUGAGCUGGGUUUUAAAUCUCUGCUAUGAGCUUUGCUGAUGAGUUAUCAACUUUUUACACCCUUACUUUCCACAACUCGCCCUAAAGCUGCCUUAAAGACUCAAACAUCUUCAGUUUGAGUUUUUGCCUUUUCUUAGUUUUGUACAACUGUAUGAUCAAAAUUUUUAGCUCUUAGUUUGAAAAUUUCCACUUAUUGGUGAAAACAUGAGCUCAUUCCCAAUUGAGGAUUUUUUAACUAGGCCAUAAAAGAAGAAGUUAGCAUAACCAGAGGAGGGUAUUGUUAAUUAAAAAUUUGAAUCCAUCACUAAUUCGUUAACAAAGACAAACUCUGAUAAAGGUGGAAUUUAAAGCUCCUGUUAGGAGUUUUUGAUUGGUUAUGAAGCUGUCUGAGACCAUCAACGGCAAGACUGACAUUUUCUGUGCUGUAAUUUUUAUUCUCUGUUGUUGCUGUGAGGGGGGUAGGUUUGCUGAGGAGUAAAAUUCUGCAGUAAAGGUCUCAGAGAAACAACAGGGAGAUAGUUUUUGUCAAUAAAAAACACUUAAGCAAGCAUCAGACAAAAUCAGCAACAAUGAAGGGUAACCACUUUGUCCACAGGGGGCGCCAAAUUCAACACAGACAGAAAGUUCCUCACAGGAUCUUUAACAAACAUGGCCAGGUUUUUUUUAUUAUUUUUGUUGGCGACAAACACGAUGGAAAGGAGCCAGAACCCCGGGUUUUUAAGACCCUCCUGCGCAAAACUGGCGGGGUAUGAGCGGCAAGCGCUCGUGACCAGAAUAACAGAAUAAGUGGUGCUGACAUGCCGCGGCUCUGAACUACACAGCUCAGCAUGUCAGCACACGUGUAUGUUGUGAGAUAGAGAGAGGAGCCACACGAGUCACAGAGGAGCAGAGAGAUACAUUUUUCUUGAAAGUAAUGAAACAAUUGCGCAAAUUAUAUUCUAUAGGCCGUUUUGAUAAAAAUAAAAAUUCUAACCCAGAAAUUGAAGUCGUAGAUUAAUAUAUAUAUAUUAAUCUACGACUUCAAUUUCUGGGUUAGGAUCUCGUUGGCAGGGCAGAGGUAUCCGUGCCAAGUGCACUAUAGGGGAAACACUGCCAUGUGAAAAGUAUAGAGGAUAGAGGGACUGACUAACAGCUGUGAGCGUCAACCCUCUGAAAUAAUACACUAUUCCAAAGUAUUUAUAAUUAUUUGUCAUGAAUAGCCUCAGAUCUGUUCCUCCAUCAUUUUUGCCGUUGUUGGAAAGAAAUCACAACCUCUGAGUCUGCAUUCUUGUAAAGUGUGUGUGCUUGUUGUGUCUAUAAAUGUGUGUGCGUGUGUGUGUGUGUGUGUGUGUGUGUGUGUGUGUGUGUGUGUGCGUGUGCUCGCAUGCUGCUCCAGUAAACAUGACUCACAGCAGCCACUCUGACACAGAAAGCUUUGCAAUGGGAAAUGGCCUGAAUACCAACGAAACAGCCACUCAGCUUUCUAACACCUCCACUCACACCCACGCACACUCAUACUGACCCAGGUGUGUGUCCUGGCUGUGUCAUCGCUCCUAAUCUGCAUUUCUUUGCUCGCUUUCCCCUUCUCAGAAAGCAGAACUCCUUUGUUAGAGUGCGGUCAUGAGUCAGAGAGACUCUGAGAGAGGAUUCAGAAAGAAAAUAACACUGAGACCUUCAAUAAAACAUAGCCCGGGCAUAUUACAUCCACACAUAAGCUGUCACCAGUGGGUUAUGUAACCGGUAACUAUACUAUCAUCAUAUAUUAUGAAUCAUGCGUUGUGCAUAUCGCUGUCUCGGUGCUGACACAGAGGCGGUUCUUUUUCCAUAUAAAGUUUUUUGCCACAUGAAGUCAAAAGGAUAACAUUUCAACAGUUUAUAUCACGGCUACUCUAUUCAACCCAAAUUUAAUCAACAUCACACUUAAGAGAAACAAAGCAACACGCCUCCUGAACCUCUGCAGUAAUGAGGAAUGAUUGUAGUCAGAUAAACCACCUAUUGGAAAACUCAAAUUCCCAGCAGCCUUAGCAUGAUCAUUCUAGGUUAUUUUCAGCAACAUAUUGCUGGAAUUUGAUAAUGUCAGUAAGCACUGCAAAAUCUAACAUUCACUAAUGUUGACUUCAUCCUAUGCCAUUUUCAUCCUCAUCCUCAUCAUCGUAACAACUAAUGCUAUUUCCAGGAAUAUGUAGAGACAUUUUCAAAGCAUCAAAGUUUCUCAGAUUAAGGUUGAGGUCUGUGUUUUAUUCUGGUGUUUUUCUCUGCUGAUCUCUCUGUCAGAACUUCUGUCAAAGUGAAGUUACAUCAGCGGUCUGUGUAAACGGUUUAACCUCCUUUCUCUUUACUAAUCAGCCCUGUAUCUUUCUUCUUUCUUUCUUGUAACCCCUUCCACCUGCUCUUUCUCUGACUCAACUCUUCCUCUUACCUCUUCCUCUUCCUAAACGUCCUUCCACCUUCUGCUCUAAUUUUCUUUCUCCCCUGUGUGACUGGGUGUUGGACUCUUAAACAGUGGGGAGCAGGCAGACCACCGCUCCAGCCUCUGUCACUGCGGCCGCAGCAGCAGUGGCUGCAGCCGCCGGCACCACGGCAGGGCUGGUGGAACAAGGUAGCGUGGUGGCUCACCCAUGGCACGCUACACCACUCCCCUGUCUCUGCUCCUACUCCUCUUCUGUACCUCUUACUUCUUGUUCUUCUUAUUUCUUUUUUACCCCUCUUUCAUUUCUCUCUGCUCCCUCCCUCCUUCCUCAGCAUGGGAGCUCAGAGCAUGAUGACUGAAAACAUUGCUAACCAUAUUUACUCAUCACCUACAGCAUUAGCUAUGUUUCCAUCCAAUUAUUUUAUCUGCUUUUGUAAGGGAUAGAAGACUUUUGAAUGUUGGAAACAUCACAAAAAAACCACAACAACCCAAGUAUGGAGAGUUGGAAGAGACUAUCUUGGCCGCCAUCAGCCUUAUUUUUAAACUGAAUUGAGGACAGUGUUGAUUGAUACAAACAGUCAAACCAUAUUAGAUGCAAUGUGAGCUACAAUAUUGAUGGUUUCUCAAGAAAGUUGUUAAAAACCAACUCACAAAGCUAAUAUUGUAGAGGUUUAAUCAGUUCUUUUUAGUGGUUUUGGAAGCAAACUAACCACAGGGGGUUCCAGUCAACUGGAAGACCUGCACAGAAGCCGGGCUGACCCCUGCAGCAGCUUCAGUUCAGCUGUGUCCAACACACCAGUGCAUCCAUUAUACCAGUAUAAAAUGCUAAGAGAGUGUUUUACCACAGAGAUGGCAUCCAAAAACGAAAGCAACCACCUUGUUUCCAAAGCGUGCUGGAAAAACAGUGAUGAAGACUAGUCUGGCAGCGCCACUUAACAACUUUUCUCCUUGAUAAGCUCAUAUUGAUGCAUUGAAAGAAAAUUGUGGUAUUCUGUCCAGUAAUGAGUUUGUAGUGAAGUUUGAUCAUUUUGCAUCUCAGUUUCACAUAACUUUGAACAACAGCCGAACAUUGUUUGGAGUACACAGUAAUGGCUAGAGAGUUUGGUAUUUCAGCUCAGUCCUCCUUUUCAAAGGCUAACAAAGGUUGUCUUAUUUGACUAUUAAAAACUGAAGAAAACAACAGCAGUCAGUGGAGCUGGGAACUCAACCCCACCUAAAAAAACAAACUGUUCCUUUAAAGUACAAAAUAUGUUUAAAGUGAGAAACUUUUCGGUAGUCAUGAUGUGGAAGUACCCCCAUACUGCUUUAGAGGGAAGACUAAUGAAAUUAAUCACUCUAGCCUCCAGCCCAUGCAUUAAUUUGUUUACCAAUUCCCCUUCCUCUACCCCAUUGAUAUAUUUUUGCUGUUUGUCCUUAAUUGAUAAAGCAUCUGCAACUUAAAUCAAGUUAAAAAAACAACAUCCUUUAGAUGAUAUGUAGUUUCUUUUUACCCUUCCUAUACUCAGUCUUCAGUAUGAGUUAAGGACUCGUUUGGAAGCCCAGCUACUGCUGACAUUUCCCACCCUAACACAUCUGUCACCUCCUGUGUGAGAUCUGAUUGGUUUGCUGCAAUGCCCAUCACUGCUCUGUCAUCUCCACUGACCUGUAUUCAUUUAGUCAUUGUCAUCUUCAGACGUAGCCACAGAGCAUGGCCUCAACUUGUAAAACCUUCUGUCCUGUCUCUAUUUUUCUCUUUAUUACUCCCCACUUUUCCCACCAACUCCCCAGCCACACCUCCACUUCAAUUUGUCACUUUACUCUCUCCAUUCCCACAGCACCAGCAUCACUUCAUCUUUCCCUCUCUUUCCAUCAUCAUUUCACAUCUUUAUAACUUUCUCUCCCACUCCUCUUUCUCUCUUUCUUCUUUUCUCUGUCUGAUAAUGACACUGUAAAGUUUGCCCCUGUCACUCUAAGGAUGGAACGGCCCAAAAGCUGCCGGUGAAUGCUGCAUGGGGCACUGGACUGGUGCAUGCACUGCAACACAAGGGGUGGUGGGGAGUUUGGUGCAUGAUGGACACUGUGGAAGAUGCAAGGCUAGGCUGGUUCUGUCAUUUAAUUUAACGCAAUGAGAAUAUAACCCUUAAUGGACUGUAUCCGUUUGUUUAUACAAAGAAUAAAGGCUGACAUCCCCUGAACACUCAAAUUUAGAUGAAGCUCUUUCAUUUUGGCCAAAUUCUGGAGAUGGUGCGAUUACAUGCAGAAGAGAAACAUCUUGUUAGACAAAAGUAGGCCCAAGGAGAUUUGAACAAGUGUCUGGUCAAGCUGGAAAAUGUUAAAACUAGAGCGAAGGAGUCACAAUUAUCCUCCUGGCUUUAGAUGUCCUUUUGAAACACAGAGGAAAAAGGAGAGAGGCUAAAAAGAAAAGACUAAAAGAGCCAGAGUGUCCGAUGAAUCUUGAUUUCAGUUCGGCAAUGACAUGAAAGUAGACACACAUCCACAAACAUAAACAUGGUUAAUACUUGCUUGCAGCUAUUGUCUGUACAUCUGGUACAUUGGCUGUUAGGGCUAAUCCUUGUUAGGACAAACUUGCUGGCUGGAGAGAUGGCCAAAAUUUGCCCUGCUGUUUGUCUGAAACAAUGACAUAGUAUAGCAACUUUCAGGCUAGCUUUAUGCAUACAUAUUUCCUUUAUCUGAAUGUGAAAAUCAAUGGUGGCAAAUAUACAAGAUAUGAAACAAUCAGCUAAAACAAGUACAAAGAGAUGUAUAUUGCAAAUCCCAAAGGGUGCCAAAGUCUUCACUUUUUAAGUCCUUCACAAAGAAUCCCAAGGGGACGAUGUAUAAAGACAAAGGACUGAUUGCCCAAAGCUCUUACAGUAAAAGACAGCUACUGGACCAUGUCUGAUAAGGUCCAGAUGACUGAACCAAGAGAGAUGUUACUAAUCUUGUCAGUUUCCCUGUAGGGGCCUCAUAUUAAUCUCAUAUUUGUAUUCCAAAAUAGAAAUAAGAAGAUCAAAAUUCAUUUUCUUGUAAAAUGUUAGAAAGUUAGUUUGUGUCUAUACAUUUUUGAAAAAUAUUAUUGGUUAGAUAGUCUGUGUAAUAUUUGAACACCCAAUUGACUAAAAUAUUGCUUCUCUUAUAAUCUUUUAAUAGUCUUUCUUUGCAUAGCAGAAAAACAAAAGUUUGGCUUGUUAAUGUCCUUUGUUCAACAUAAACUUAGUUUUAUGAGCAGGUAGAUUGUCAAAUAUUAAGAAAAAAACAAACUGCAGAUUGUCAAGAGCUAGCUAAGCAGCAUCUAGAAUGCAGUACAAAGUUGCGUCAUCUGCAUAUAAACGUGCAUGGUACGUCAUUACAGGAUGAAUAUUAUCAUAUAUAAAGAAAGCCAAAAGAAGGGGACCAAGAAGGGAUCCUUUUGGUACACUCUUAACCCUUUGUAAUAGUUUUGUGAAAUAUUUUGCGAAAUCUGUAAAAGCAAAGAGUGAGAGGUGUUAAAGAGGUCAACAAAGAUGUCAUCUGUUUUUGAUGUACAGAGUAAUAACCAUAUUUCCAGUUUAUAUACAGCUUACAGAGGAACACAACCAUCACGAUAAGACAUUUCUGCUUGAUUCAGUUUGAUUUUCAAUGCUAACUUGUCCCUUUGGCUAUUAUUCAGACAGCAAGCUCAUGAGAAAAAUAUCAAGCUCUCUACAUCCCUGGCUGUCUUAACCCAUCAACUCAACUUCUCAGAGGCUUUUGCCGUUGAAUAGUGUAUUGUAGUAUUUAGUAUAGUAUGUUGACGCCUAUAAACCCAAGAACCCCCUAGUGUUUCUUAAACGCAUUCUUUCAGACAGCAAUAUUCGGACCAUGUCAAAGGAAUUUUGUUGUAUUGUUAGCAGCCUAGAUUUAUAAAUACUAGAAUAGAGGAGCAGUAAUUUCAGGGGACACUGAAACAGAUACGAAACAGAGCUUAUGUGUUUGUCCUGUUGUGCAAAAUGAACCCAAGAGCGACAAAGGGCUUCACAUGACAGUUUAGCACCGAGUCAAGGAGACAGAAGUAGUGGCAGUGUCCUUGUUUUAGAGGACCACUGGGACUCCUCAGUCCUCUCUGUGUACCUCAUGCCUCCACAAGGCUCAAAUCAAAUAUUUAUUGCGGGCUGUCUCCUUCAGUUAGCCUCACUCUGCCUCACUGUUUUUACCAGAAGCCUCACUUUAUUGUGCAUGUUUAUACACAUAAAUACAAUCAUUAUCCAGCAGAUCUCACCCUGUCCUUAUGAAAGUAUUUAUCCAUACAUGUCUACCAGCCUUAAGAUAAGGAGGUCUUGCCUCAAAGUGGAUCCACCCUGAAAGCUCAUUGAAAAUCUUCAUAUGAAUCCAUGCCCACUCUUGCAUUUCUUCCACAGUGGUGCAUCUUGUGUAUUAAAGCUUAAAUACAUGAUGGUGCUUUUGUGUUUAAUAUCUUCCUCCUCUCUUUUCUUGCUUCAUGUGUAAUUUGUGGCAAGGUAAGGAGCACUACUCGCUUCUCCGCCCCCGGUUUGAAUUAAGACACUUUUAAUUUUUCAGGUUCCCACAGAGAUUUCCUCUUCGGAACUGGAAGUUCAGCCAUUUUUAGCAACCUUCACUUCAGGUUUUGUAGAAGAUCAGUUCUCUGCUCUGACAGAGUAAGGAUGUUGGGAAAGAAUGCAGAAAAAUAGCCUCAACACUUCCAUUCGUUCUCUUCGUUCUCUUCAUCUCUGCUCCCAUUUCAUGUCCUCUACGUUAUCGCCAAGCCAUCAGAGAGUACAACAGAAUGAACUUGACAUAACUCUGACCCCGUUUCCUCUUCUCAGUAACAUCCAGCCUUUGGAAGGAGGAGGAGGAAUAGCACAACAAUAAACCAUGCACAUUCAUGCCACUUUCACGUCCCUCCAGAUUAUGUAGUGCUUCUUUAUCAACAUUACUGAUUAACAUGGAAACCUCACAUGAAAGUAGAGUGUACGCCACUCAAACAGAAAAGUUCAUUACAGAAAAAGUUGAAAGAGGGAGCGGUUCUCUGUCCUUUAUUCACAGGAGUGACUGAGACUGAAUCUCCUGAACUUUAACAGGCCUUCUGUACAAAAGGACGUCUGUUUCCCUGGAAAAAAAAUUCACCCAAUGAAAUUUUGCAUGGAAAUCAGGACAUCUUUGAAAAGUCAAUGUGCGUGGAAAAAAAGUGAAACAGUCUGAGGAGAAAAAAGAGAGAGGAAAAAAAGGAAAAGGAUAGAAAUAAGAGUAAGGGUGAAAAAAGGGAAAGAAUAAAGUAAGGAUGACUCGGAUAGAAACAGGAAAGGAAGAGGGAAUAUAGCUAGGAGGGGCUGGAAAGGAGGAAAGAAGGAAGAAAUGUAAAUAAAGAAAGGAAAGGUUGAAAGAAUGAUAAAAGGAAGAAAUAAAUAAGGAGACAAACGAAGACAAUGGGAGAGGAGUGACAGAAUAAAAGAAUCGGUGCUGGAAGGAAAGAAGGAAGGAAGAAAAGAGAAGAGGUGGAGGAGGAAAGAAAGACGGCUAUAACAGUCUAGGAAAGAGUAAUGAAAGAUGAAACAGGAGAAAAAUAGGAACGAGAAAAGAAGCAGGAAAAAUUAGAAGGGAAGGUAAUAAAGUCUAAAAGAAAGAAGGAAGAGAGAGAUGUGCAAGAUGUAAAGAAAGAGAGAAAGGAAAAUGGGAGGAUAAAAACAGAAAUAGAUUAAAAAAGGGAAAGAAGAGAUAGAGGUUAGAGAAAUAUGUAAGAGAAGAAGGGCUGGAGUGUGGGAGACCAGAAGAAGGAAGGAAACUCAGGGAGGACAGAAAGAUAGGAAAAGAAAGAUGGAAACAAAAGGCAGAAAGAAAGAUAAAAAGGAAACAAAGGGAGGGGGAAGGUAAAAAAGAAACAAAGAGAGAAAGAAAAGAUAAGAAGGAAGAGGGGAACUAACUGAGGAAAGAAAAAGAAGAAACUAGGAAACAAAGGGGGGGGUUAAAAGGAAGAAAGGAAACUAGAAAAAUGGGAAGAUAACGAAAAGGGAAACAAAAGGAAGAGGAAAAAAAAGACUGAAACAAAGGGGUAAUGGGAGGAUAAGAUGAAAAUAAAGGGAUGGAUAAAAGAUGAGAGGGGGGUUUAAGUAAGAAAGUAGGAAGGAAAGGAGGAAAGAAAGAGAGGUCCUAGACAGCCAUAAAUAGUCUUUUAUGUAACCUGGCUGGCUGUUGAUGUGAUUUCAUCUGAUGGGACUUGAAUUUGCACUCAGCCUCUUCAAAAGUUUGACUCGGGAUGACGUCCAGAGACAGGGGAAGGGUCUGGGACUUGGACUGGCAGGUGAUAGGAACCGGCAUAUCCAAAAUUAAAUUUGCAUCUGCAUAAUUUAUGAUGUGAGGCUUUCAUUUUAGAGUCAACUGUCUGAGAUUUAGACACAAAAUAUCUGCUGGAUUUGAAAAGGAAGUGGUCGAAAGCUUUAUUUCCUCAACCAACAUGACUUAUAAAACACUUUUUCUUAUGUAAUCUCAUGAAAUUGAACAUCUUGUUAAUGUUAAUCCCCAAUUACAUGUUUGUGGACACACACACAAACCCCUACCUCUUAGCAUCACAGGGAGCCUCGUUCAUGUUUUGAGCACAUCCCAGUCCCAGUUUCAAACCACCUUGCUCUCUGUCUCUGAGCGGGGCAGUCAUGGUGAAUGCCCCGAGGACCUUCUCCCAUAGUCUGCACUCUUCUUCCACUGUUGUAAAGGAUUAUGGGUAUUAUACUCAGCUGAGAAUAGCGUCUUCAGUAUCAUUCUUCCUCUCUUGCUCUCGUUCCUCAUUACUCCUCAUUAGAGAAAAGACUGAAAACUAAUCCUCUUUAAGACCCCCCUGGAGUUCUUUAAGGCAGGGCUUAUUGUUGAGUUUAGAUGGCAGACAUCUUUGUUAUGACUUCCUCAAGGCCACUAAAAUUUAGAGAACUAACAGAUUAUUGUGCAUUUUUACGGUUCACACACCAACCUUCAACAUUAAGCACUUUGUUUUGGCCUGCGGACCAGUACCUAGUUUAUCUCAGCUAGCUUUGGCCUACAGCUUUAAACUACAUCUGAAUUAGGCUGUACCUAGGUCCAUUAUAAAACCUCCCACGUACAUUACUUGGAUGCAAGAAUCUAGGUUGUGUAGUGAUUUGCAAUUACUCUACAGAUCGUGUGAUUGCAUAAUAACCUUAAUACACACAAGAUUCUGUAUUCAUUGCAGAGAGAGAGAAAAGGAGAGUUAUUUUUAGAGAGUGCCUUGGCUGCACAGCAUCACUGGAAGGAAAAUUAUGAAGGAAACAACACACACAAGCUCGUGUUUCUAUUUUGAUUCAGACUUUCGAUCUGAGCCAUAGUACCGGAAUUUCAAACUAUUAGUUUUUAUGUGUGUGUAUAUAUAAUCAAUAAUAUAUAUAUAUAACUAUAUAACUAAACUGGCACGUGUUUUAAUACUACAGUGACAAAAAAAAUAGCUUCUGAGUCCCCAUAUUUUUGAUUGGGUUAUUUUUUAUUUCCAUCCUGCCCCAGAAAAAGUCUCUGAUCACAGACAAACACCUGACUUUAUGUUAAUAUUUAAAAAAAAAAAGAAAGAAAAUCCUUGUCCCUUUCCUCUGGUCUCUGUCCACAGGUUAACUCAAAAAAAAAGAUCAGUAUCAUAGACCUUUGGUUAAGGAAAGUUAGCAGCUGAUUCAGCUGGUUAAUGACUGUGACAGAGGGCAGAGCAGGCACACACACACACACACACACACACACACAAACACACAAACACACACAUAAUGAGCAGGCAAAGACAAGAACAACACGUGUGAAGAAAUGGAAAUAUUGAGGGAGAUUUAGAAAUCAGAUUUUAGAUUUUAACACGCCCUUGCUCACCCCCUACUUUCCUUAAAGUGACGGCGGCCUUUCAGGACAAGAAACUCCUGUGAUGCAUCAAAGAAAUUAGAAUAUUUAGGGAGAAUUAGAUGUCAGGUCUUAGAUUUAAAUGCUCUCAAGCUCAACCCUCCCCAUCAGUUGAGUGACAGUGGCCUUUUCAGGACAAGAAACUUCUGUAAUGCAUUGAGGAAAAGACAAUAUAUGACAAUAUUAGGUGGUCACCUUCUAGAUUUAAAGACUCCCAUCUUACCUCCUACUUUCCUUAAAGUGAUGAAGACCUUUUAGGACAAGAAACUCCUGUGAUACAUCAAAGACAUUAAUUUUUCGGGAUCUAGCAGUCAGGUUCUAGAUUUAAAUGUUCCUUUGCUCAACUCUUCCCAUCAGUGAAGCGACGGUGGCCUUUUAAGGACAAGAAUCUCCUGAUCUCGACAAGUUGCUACCAUUAGAAAACAUUUAUCAAUACUUAUUCUUUUCUGAACCACAACAACCACAUUCUUCUUUUUACCCUCAUGGGCUCAGAUUGAUCCAGUUUUGCUCAACUGGGAGCGUUUAAUUGCAGCCAAGUCAUGAAUUAUUGCAGCUCUUAUCAAGAACAGAAGAUCAGGGUGGGUAGCACUUUGUAGUAUUAAGACUAUUAGUUGUGUGUACAGUAUUACUAUCAUGGAGUAAGUGAUAGAGGUAGCAGGGUUGUCUGUGGCUCAAAGAGUCACAGUACUGCAUUUGUAAAACACAGUUUAAGCAUUUUAUUGUCACGGUGCUGAGGUGCCCUUGCUGUUCCAGCCUCAGGCUACUGUACUUAGGUGAGACAUUACUUUUUAAAAGACAAUUUCACCGCAGAGGUCAGCUGAGAACUUUUUAGUGCAAAGUCAAAAAGAUGUUAUCUCUUCAGUGUGGGUUAGAGAUGUGGCAGGAGUUGUGAAUAACUCAUUUUUGCUUCCUCUGAUUUGUUGCCUUCUCUCUUGUUUGUCAUUGCAGCAGCUAAGACCUUGCUCAACAAAAAGGCAGAUGUCAAGGUAAGUGACCUUACAUCUCUACCUUCUCUCUCCCUUUCUCUCUUAUUCACUCUAUUAUUUCCAGAGAUAGAAAGCCCUCUUCCUCUUUCUCUUUGCUGUUUUAUUUUUCUCUGCUCCACUAUUCGUUUCCUCCCCAAUCUGGCUAAUCUCACCUUCGCCUACUGUUGCUCUCUUUUCUCUAGUGUUGAAAGUGUUUGUUUCUCACUUAUUUUGCUUCUCACGUUGUGUUUGUCGUAACGUCAUCGAUGUGUAAUGUCUUGUGAUACAUGUAUGUGGUUUUAUAAUCAGAUGAAAAUAUAUACUUAUUUGAAAUCAAAUUUUAGCAUCCAAUUGAAAAUGAGCAGAUGUUUUUUUUUUCUUCAACACUUUGAAACCACCAAAUUCUGUUUUUAUAACCAUUUUAUACAAAACCCUGAAUCUGUUCGCAGACUUGUUCAAUUUGUAUCGUCUCUGUGUGUGUGUGUCUGUACUUGUCCAUGUAUCACUCUGUGUGUUGCUUUCCAGAGUACAAGUCUUAAGUAGCACAUCUUUUAGUAUGAUGUAGCAUUCUUCAGCUCAUUGCCACCUCUCUAUCUCCAUCUAACCAUCUGUCAGCCCUCGCCAUUCUUUCUCCCAUCACUCCCUAUGUUGCUCGUUCCCCACUUCUGCCUCUUCCUCCUCUUUCAGUGCUUCCUCUUCCUGCUCACCCCAUCUGGUCUUUAACCCCACAUCCCUGUUCAUUCUUUUUAAUGAAGAUCUCUCACCACCCCACGCUCGCACAUGCACACCCCGCAGUACCACAUCCCCCGCAAAGCGUCCAUGAAUGCGUCCUCAUGUGCGGCGUACAUGCACGGUAGUGUGCGACAAAGCUUGGAACAUUCUGUACAUGCUAACGAAUGUGUUUGCACCCCGGCAUUGUACAUUAUGUUUGGCAGAGCUUUGUGCACAUUCACGUGGACGUACAAGUGUGUGUAUGAAUACGUCAUAUUUGUUUGUUAUGAGAGAAAAAGAAUGAAAGCUCAUACGUGGGUGUGAGCGUGCCUCCACAUCGAGAGUGUGUAAGCGUGGGCGUCCGCAUGUGUAGUUUGCUUAUGUACAUGUGCAGCACUGUGUGUGUGCGUGUGUGUGUGUGUGCGUGUGCCCUCCUGCCUCUCCUUGCUCAGUCAGUUCAGUAGAGAAUGUGACUCUGGUUCCAGGAAUAGCUGCCAGUCUGGACCCUGGAAACUCAGACGACAGAAAUAGACGCUUACUUCCACUGCGGCGCACUCAUUGCCUAGCAACAGGCUCCCCACACACCGCUCCAAACCAUUUCUAAAGGCGUCUUCAUCGUGCGCUUCGGUCCCUGAUUUCCUCAUCUCUUCUCUGCUUCCUUUCCUACUUCCUCAUGUCCUUUAAGUCCUCUUGUUGACUCUGAUCUCCUCUCUCCGGCCUCUUCUCCUUCUUCUUCUUCUUCUUCUGGUUCAUCAUGGCACCUGAUGCUCUUCAGCUGGAGCACCUGCUCAGCACCUGCUGGCUGCCUCUCUCUGGCAAUAACUCCACAUCACAAUUACUCUUGUGAUGUCAACUUCUUCCCACCAAAGCCAUUUAGGAUUUCCUGCAGGAUUUCUGCAUUGAUGAAACCCACUGUGGCUGUGUUAUUUAACCACUUCAAGUAACUACAUGUUGGAUUCAUACACAUCCAUAUUAUAGUUGGAUAAACUCUAAACUUCAUCAUAGAGCCUGAAGCAGCUUUCUAAUGUUGUUUUUACUUUUUGGGUCUGCACCCUGAAAUUGGAUAAUUUGAAUCACACAGUUGAGGAAACUCUGAGUCAGUUUGAAUUUUGUCAGACAAAUCUCUGAACUUUCCUUUUUUAGCUGCUCCGUUGUACAAUAAGAACAACUCCGCACCAGAAUUUAAGUAAAACAAACUGAGUCUCAAACUACAGGGAAUUAUCCACACUUUAAACUCUAAAAUUAAACCUGUUCAUGUGAAAAAAACAGUGUUAGUCUUAUUAUGCUCUUCUGCAGGAUUUGGUGUCAGGACAGGCUGUUAGAUGAGGCGCUGCCACUUUGUUUGAAGGUGCCUCUCUUGUUUUGAGUUCCUUUAUUUAUUUAUUUUUUAGCUGGGAGCCUGAUUAUCAAUUUAGGUCUUUGUCCUCGCAAACAAAUGAACGUAACUUAAACUGAUAAAAAUACUGAAUAUAGGCAGUUACAGGUUCAACAUUUGUGUCCUUUAGACACUUCUGGAUAAAUGUUUGAAGGCUUCAACCUGAGCUGUCGUUGACUGUAUCUCAUCCAGUUUCUGUAACACCCCAAAUCUCCAAAUAGGCUGUAUCAGGUGUCAAUCAUAGAAAACAUGAAGCCCCUAAUAACUUUUAAAUACGGAGCUUCACAGAAAAAAGAGGACUUGAGCACAAACCAGUCUUACUGUAACUACAUGUCAACAUCGCAAGCAAGGGGGAGAAAAAUUUAUGUUCUGUGUGAUAAAUUUCUAAAGUUGGUCCACAACUCCAUAAGCUUUGCUGGCGGAGGAGGGAUUUAUGACCUAAACUGCGGCCCAUCAACAGAGGGUGCUGUUCUUGGAGUGGCUUCACCCAGCAAGGAGGCAGACUCUGUCCAUUCUAUAUACAGUCUAUGAACUAAACCUGUAAAAUAUAAAAUACAGGAGAAUAUCAGCAAAAGCAGACAAUACUCCACUUUGUCAACAGGAGGCACCAAAAUCAACACAAGCUUAAAGUUCCUAACAGAAGCUUGAAUGUAUUUUUUUCAGCUGAAGAGAUAGGAAAUAUGAAAAUAGAAACUGACAACACCCUUAACCCCCAAAUGUUCAUGAUUUAUUGAUGUUUUAUGAAUGCUAUAUGUGAGGACUUUAAAAAUGCUGUUUUAAGGGAUGACUUCAAAACCGAAAAAACAGUUUUUCUAAAACAUUUUGAAUCCAUUUUGCAUUUCCCUUUCCUGCUCAAGUCAUAUCUGCUGUCAGUGGAACAGUGGGCCACAGUUUUAGCAUUCGAGCUAUUCCUCUGUGAUCUACUUUCUCAUCUCAUAUUUAUGCUCUUCUUGAUGACUUCAGCUUCUGCAGCUAAUUUCAAGCUCGAUCUUCCUACUUUUGCAAAUAACGCUUAAAACUCUCAUUUCCAUGAGGGAAGACGCUCGCCAUCCUUUCUGCAUUGACCAACGCUGUCUGGAGAAGUCUCAUCCUGCUCUUGUUGAAGAUUUAAAGCACCAUCAAUAUGAACAAGCUUUUGGUUUGACUGACAAGAUCUUUCUCCUGCUUUGUAUCAGAAUAUCAUUUUUUUGUCAUUGGUUACUUUGUGUUUUUUCUUCCUUGCUUCUUUUGCUUACCAUUCAUCCGUCCAUAAAUCCAUCCCACCAUCAAUCGCCUGGGGACAGAAACGCAAGUCCAGCUCGACUGUCCAGUACAUGGUGAGCAUGCUAUGUCUGCAUUUGUCUUUUUAUUUCUUUUCCCCCCUCCAUAGUCCUGUAUUUGUUUGCUUUUCCCACCUUCUCACUCAGCCUUUACCUCUUUAUAUAAUCAAACAGCACACAGGUGAUCUGGGCAACAUCGGGAUCUUGUUAAAAAAUAAGACGGAGUAAUUAACAGGACCUCUGAGGACUAAAGAAGAUAAAAUAUGCAAUAAGUGGAACUUGCAUGCCAUGCUCAUGUCCCUGCUCAGGUCCUUUUAAAGUACAGAGCCCUGACAGUAACCCUGAGAUUAUUCUGAAAGCAUAAUAGAAACAGGAUGUUUCACUUCUGCUGUAGGUACUUCAGGAAUGCUGUUCCAGAUCUGUCAGGGACACACCGUGAUAAUAGAGGCAGGUCUUGUUCUUGUACAUUUUUAUUUGGUUUUACAAGACACUGUAGAUAUUUGAACAGAACUCAGCUCAAAGGGAAGGUAGUUGGGGGUUAAACUGUCAGAGCUGUAUCUUACUCAGAUUUUUGUCAGUUGAGUGGAACAGAAAGCUCAAUCAUCGAAUUUAUUUCACCAGAAUCAAGGGUGGCUCUGAACAGGAGUCUCUUGUUUUACCUGUAUGGUCGACACAAGCUCUCCGGGGAACAUUUACACUCUUUAUAGGGAUGACUUUCUGGUUAUAUGUUUUAACUAUAAUAUGGCACAGUUUUUUUAAUGUUUUAGUAAGCUUAAAUUAGGCUACUCAUAGGGCUGAUACUGAUAUAGAUACCAAUACUGACACACAUAGACAUACAGAUACAGAUACUGUUACUGAUACUGAUAAAAGCGAUACUGAUACCAGUACUGAUAAAGAUACCAAUACUGACACCCAUACAGAUACCAGUCCUGAUACUGAUAGGGAUACUGAUACAGAUAAAGACACCAAUACAGAAAUUGCUACCAUCACUUAUACAAGAUACGUGAAUGAUUGUCAAAAGAAAUUACCUAACCUUAAAACAAAACAACGGGUUCCUGCACACCGCUCAAGCACCCUGAGCAGAGAUGUGACUGGCAAAUUACAGAUCCACUCAGGAUUUUCUAAACUGUUAGGGAUCCAAGCCCAGGAGAGCACUUCUGAGCUCUGUUAACAGCAUUAGCUUUUAUUCAACGUAUCAAAUGAAUUACAAAACAAACCAAAAAACAAAACAGUUUUCGGAUCCGGUAAGUGGAUUGGAAAGGAAAAUCAACAGCAUCUAGUUUCCCUUUUUUUUUCCACAGGGCGCCUUCAUGUUUUUUCCCCACAGACUCAUCAACUCUCCUGCACUGUUCCCUCCUCUGUUCCCUAUGAAAUACCUUCCUUGCUGCCUCUUUGGGACCCAUUUGUGAAGACUUUUACCCACUUUCUCCAUCUUUGUUCCUGCUGGCAUCAACCAAUUAAAAUGAUUGUGAGGAUAUAUGAUCUUUUCUGGUCUGUGCUGCUGCCUUUAUGCCAGUUUAUGAAGGCUUUCUCCCCCCAGACAUUUAAAAUCAAAUGCUGAGACCUGAGUUUUGAGUUAUUGUCACUUUGGGAAGAAACAUGUCCUGUUGGUCUGCAGAGGUAGCAGAGCGAUGGUCGACUGCAGCUUUAGUUGGUUAAAGGUUUGUGUGAGUGUGUGUGUUUGAACACAGGUGCGCGUGCGUGCGUUUGUGUGUGAGUGAGUUUGCUCUACGUUUGCCUGUGUAUUAUGUCUAUAUGUCAGCUUAAUGUCAGCUUACACCGGCUUUUGUUUUCAUUUCUUUUCUCUUUGUGUUUGCAUUUUGUUGUGUUUGCACUCUUUACUGAUGUAUAAGGUCUCUUCUAUCCUCUCUCCUUCCCUUCUCCUCUCCUCUCUCCUCUCUUGAAUAAGCCCAGUGGCUUACACAGUUUAAAUUACAUAAAGCACAUACAGCACACCCAUUUUCACACACACCAGAAUACUUUGAUUGAAGGAUUCUCUGCAGAGAUGAUCAUCAGAUGUUGCAUUACAGGGUAAUAACUGUCUCUUCAGUAUUCCCAUAGCAACAAAAUGCUGUUAUACUAACAUGAAGUUGGAGUCUGCUGGACAAAGUCUGCGUUUCUUGACCUCUUGCACUAAAGUGGUGAAAAAUGUGUCUCCUUUAGGUGUAUUUCUGACUAAGUGUAAGCCGAUACCAAUAUAUCGAUACAAAUACACUGGUCCAAACUUGACUCAUAAGGCUGAUUCAUGCAUUUAUCCUUUCAUUUGAUCCAGCCGGUCAGUGUUUUAAGCCCUUUCAAAUAGCACAAUACCGACCAGGAUUGCACGUUAGCAAGUCUAUAAUUAUUCCCACACAAUGAGAGUUGUUGAACACCAGAUGAUUUAAUGUCAUUCACACACUCUGCAACAUAAAGCAGCAAUAUUCGCCUCUAACAAUGGUGCAUGAAAAUAACUGUAGCUUGUUUUAAAUGUCACCUGCUGUAUAUAUGACAAGUUUAAUCACAGCACUGGAGAAUGGUGAAGCACACUGCAGUAAGUCUACCACAAUGCAGCCUUCAUGUCAAUCAGUUUAGGGGCGUGAAACCAGCAAUAUGAGACCGUUUGCGUGUGAUGUAACAAUAACCACCCGCCCCCGCAUAUAGGACACGCUGCUUACUGGAUGUUGGUGCUAAAUCAAAACCUUUCCACUAAUUCCCAUUGUACUUUCUGUCAGUUUUAAAUACCUCUUAUCUGUCCUCUUAAAUCUCAUCCCGUUGUCUUUGCAUUUGAUGCUGUUCCUUUUCUUAAAGCCCCUCAGUUGUUCAAUUCUUCUCGAAGUUCACAUGAUAGUUUGCACUUUUUUUCCACUUAGAGUUACAUCUAAGUAACUCCCUUUCUGGAGAUUUUCUUCUCCUCACCUCACUUAAAAAGCUUUCUGACAGCAAAGUAAAGCUCUUAAAUCUUCCUGAAAAGGGCAAACAGUUACCUGGACAUAAACGUCUAGGUUGGACUUGCUUCAAAUUGGCCAAAUUAUGUAAAAAGAUGGAAAGAUGAAAACUUCUGUGUCAGUAUCUCAAAAAAGUACCUCAUACAACCCCACUUUAAAAAACUUGGAACUAUCCCUUUAAUAUCCACUCAAAAUAACGGUCCAAAAGGGCAGUGACGAGCGGAAAGCACUUAAUGUAAUGAUAAUAAUGUGGUUAUUUAGUUUUUAUGCAUUUACACGUGAGAGGACACAUAAUGUGAUGUAGAUUCAAUGCAAAUAUCAACCAGGCUGAACUGAGCUAGAGAGCAGCCGGCGCUCUUUCAUGUUUCUAUCAUCAAAAGGAUCAUGUGACGGUGGUUUGUAAAGGUGAGACAUUGGAGCCAAAGAGCACAAAGGGAGCACACUGAUGUGAAAUCCUAAUGAAUUUAAGACACUAGUGACAUCAUGACGAUGCCACACUGUGUCAUCUGCCUCCCUCGCUCAUAGAUCGGUCCUGAGAAGGAUCUGUUUUAGCCACCCUCUUUCCGCUGCUCACGUGCAGAUGUACACCCACGCUUGUCUUACUACGCUGUCAAAGACCUCAAAUCACAGCUUGUUUCCCUGCAUCUGAUUUGACAUUUUCAGUCUGGACUGAAAUCCUAUAAAGAAAGUCCACUCUCUCAAUCUGUGGACAUUGAGGGGUUGGUUGAUUGAUUUGUUGGUUGUGAUAUCGAGUCAUGUUGGUUAUACAGCAUGUCAGUUUUGAUUUUGUUUGUAUCGGUGCAGAAAACCAUAACCUGGAGUUGUGUUUCCAAAACUAGCAUACGCACUGAGUAGUCCCUUAAGUGGCCACAAACAGAGCAGUUUCACCUCCACAUGUUGGGCACAGCUGUAGAAACCUGAAAUAUCCGGGGUGCACACCAUUUCUUUUAUAAAGGCUCCUUUAACUUCUUUUAUUGAGGAGCAUUGUGAGGAGGAUCAAACAGAAUAUUACUCUUAUGGUGAUGCUUCUUCAUGACCAGCUGAGCAUAGUAAGAUUGUAAGCAGGAAACUUUGUCAUUUCCUUAUUCUGAGUUUUGGCGCCUGAGUUCUGGCCAGGUUUUGAUAAAAGCAGAGUCGAUAUUCAGAGUUGUCUUUGUUGAAAACUCUUCUGGUAAAUGUGAGAUGUACGGGGUGGUAUUAUGCUUUUACACAUUCACAACAAAAAAUGGAGUAACAAUGUUUAGUGUCCGUCCUCGAUGUGAAAAAAAAGGUACAUUUUUGUUGACAAAAUCUUUGAAAAUAGAUGUAAACUGCUGAAAACAAUUCAUUGGGAAAUCACACGAUAUCUCAAUAAGACACACUGACUAAUGAAGUCAUUGCAGUAGGCUCCCCUUACUGCUCCAUCUGAGCAAAACGGCCUGCCAACAACAGUUUGUGAGGCAACACCAACAGCAGAACGGGAUAACCGUAGACAUAAUAUAUAAUAUAUAUAUAUAUAUAUAUAUAUAUAUAUAUAUAUAUAUAUAUAUAUAUAUAUAUAUAUAUAUAUAUAUAUAUAUAUGUUAAAUAUAGAGAUUAUAUAAAUAAUGUCUAUGGAGGUAAUGCUCUGCUGCACAACUGAUUAUUGACCACAAUAGAGGGAGCUUGGCCAAAACAUCCAGCUCUGCCCUCGGCCUGCCUCUGGAAACCCUCCAGAGAGAUGGCCAAUCAGAAGAAAGUAGACUCAUGGAGGGGGACCUUAAAGAGACAGCAGCUAAAAACAAAGUGUUUUUAACAAAGGCUGAAAUAAUGAUAUUUUAAUACACCACUGUGAGAAAUUUGUGGCUUUUUUUUUAUAUGGAAAUCAUGUAAAAAUAUUAAAGAGGUAUCAAAGAGGGAGUAUAGAGUCUGAAAAAAAAAACAGAACAACCCCCUUUUAAAUAAUCUUCUCAUUAUUCAAGGAUAUCGGAGCAGGAUCAGCAAAUAGACCUAGUUUUUCUAUCAGAAUAUUUUACACAGAGAAACUCUACAACCAGUAAAAGAGCAGGGUUGCUCUGAACAGGAUUGAUGUUUAUUCUGGGUGUGAACUGCUCUCCAGGGAAAUAAAAGUUUAAGUCUGCGGAUUUGUGAUUUUCAGACUGGCGCUGUUGUAAAAAGGGAACUUCCCCCUGCACUGAUUCAGGGGGGCUGCAGUCAGUAAGUUUACAUGCACAGUUAAGUGGAUUUACAGUCAUGGCUUGAUUGGGCAUUUUAACUGGACUGCUUUGGUCCCAGUUUUCAGGCACAGAGGAAAAAUCUCUCGAUUAAAGUUGACUUGUGUGUGGAUCCUUGUGGAUAUCAUGUGUUAAGAUUGAAUCUUUAACUUGACUCGAUUGGGAUCUCCAUGUUGCAGCAGAAGAAGGUGGACUGUACUGAUUUCAUCAAAAGCGGUCACCAGAAUCAACAUGAUAUGAACAUUACCCAUUGUACCUUUAAGGUAGCAUCGGAAAUGAAAAAGAAAAAGAAAUCUGGGUCAAAUACUCUGAACUAACCUCUUCUCACACUCCUGAUCAGCGCUGACAAGGACAGUAGCAGCAAAGACACAAGCUUCCAUUCAAGUGCACACACCCACAUGCAUGAACACACACUCACAGUCCCACAGUCUUGAUGUUGUUAACACUCUUGUUGUGUCUCCUCCCUCCCCUCUCCUCUUCCUCUCCUUUCCCUCUCCUCUUCCUCUUCCUCUCCUCUCCUGCACAGCCCCAGACAAACAGCACCAAAAACAGCAUAGUCACCAGCCCCAAAGGAAACAUCCCUUCACCUGCUCUGGUAUUUACCUCCUAACCCCCCUUUCACCUGUGUAUAUGUGUGUGUGUUUGUUUGUGUGAGUCUAUCCUGGCCCUCUCUCUCCCCCUCCUUCCUCACCUUUGUCUGUUAUUAUCUGUCUGUCUGUGUCAUCUUUGGUUGAUCUUUACCACCACAGUCUGAAAGGUCUCAAACUAGCAGGUGAUGUCAGGAAGCAUCCCCCCGUGGAAGGGUGACGAUGUUCUAUGACUUGGACUCAGUUUGAUAUUGUGCCGUUUUCUCUGUCUGUGCGAGGAGCGGACAGCCAAUGCCUGCUGGGGCUGUCAGUGCAAUUUCCCUCCUCCUCUCUGUUUAUGCCUCUGCAGAGAAGCAGUUCCCCACCGUGUUAGCAGUGCAAAGGUCUGCUGAGUGUCCUCCUCCCAGCCAAAAAGCACUCCAGUUUAUUCCACUCUUCUUCUGUUGAUGGUGUGAAAUUCUACUGGAUUAGCCAGAGGGACAUCUAGUUAGUUCUUGGCCUUAAACUUUUUGGUCCGGAAUAUGAACUCCAGAGACAGCUCCCAAAAUUUUCUUGAGAGAAGUUGAAGACACAAUUUUCACAUCACCUCAUUUUCAUUUAUCACAAGCUUUUAAACUGUAAAAAUCUGCUGGAGAAACUCACUGCAUAGCAGGAUAAGCCAAAAAAGUGUGUGUAUCAUGAGUAGAUGUGCAGGUUUCAGUUAAAAAAAGCUUCUGAUCAUCAUAUUCAGAGCCACUAAAGGUGUUUGUAGGAGAACGCCCUAGUCACAUUAAAUCAGCCCAUACUUUUAUAUACGUUUUUUGAGAACAGACUCAGCAUCAUAUUAGUACUACUUCCAGUUCAGAAAGUACGGUAUUGCAUAAAACUCUAAAUUUAUGCUCUUCAUCCAAUAUAUUUAUUUAUCUCAGUCUUGACUUGCUAUCUGUUGGAAACAUUUUGGGUGUUAUGAAAGAAAAACUAAGACAAAGGAGACCCCAAACUUUUCAUUUUCAAAACUCCAGAAACUGCUCUCUUUGGCGUCCAAACAUUAAAAGAAAGAGAUGAUGAAACACGGCAGUGAAAGUGCCACUCUCCAAAGUUUCUUCAAAUGUGUUGCUGGCGUCAAACUCAAUAUGAGCUUGGAGAAGCUUUGAAGCAAAAAAGAAAGCAGCUUAUUACCAAUCACAAGAGUUAGAUGGCGAACACACAAAACUUAAACUCCUUUUUAGAAAGUCUUUUGAAGUCAUUAAAUGAUGUGAUGUUGUUUUGAGGCCAAAGAUGAAAAAGUCCAGACAAAGAUCCUCACAGCAGACAGAGAGCACACUCAGACACAAACAAAGAAAAAUGAAAAUGGUAAAAAAAUACACAGCUGGGCUUCAACAACCACAUAAGAUCCUUCUGAUUGAGCUGAUUUAACUACUGUGCCCUAUUAGGCCUCCCCUUCCUCCCUGUAGGAACAGCUUUGUUUAUGCUCGGUCAGAGCCGAUGUGCAACGAUUAAAUCCUUCCCCCCAUUUGAUGCUGCGACGCCUCCAGCACCCGCCCCCCUCCCUUUGAUCUGCAGACCCCAGGUACUUUGUUCUCACUUAUCAUCAUCAUCAUCAUCUCCCAAGUUACCACCAGUGUGAGUUGCCUUGGGUGAUGGUUGCUAUGACGACACUGCCAUCAUCACCACAAGGGGGAAAAAAGCUGAUGAUUGGCCAUCACUGAAGUGUCACUUCCUGGGGGGGAGAGGAGGGAUUUUAAACUAUAUCAAACAACCAUUUUUAGAGGUUUUGAAAGAACUGGGUCCGUGCCUCAUGGAGAGCCAUAAGUGUGUACUUUACGGGGUGGCAACACUGUUAGAUGUAAGGUGCCAGGCACUGAAUGGAGGCUCUAAUUGUGCUUAAAUGAGGCUUUUUACUCCAGAAUAAAGUGGUAUGUGAAGAGUAAAACAGCUCUUUCUUGUAACUUUUUGUGUUCCAAGUGUGAGUAGUAGCUUUGUUUAAGAAAUGCAACAAAAAGAAAAGUUGUUAUGUGUGGCUAAUCUUGUGAGGUGUCUGGAUUUCUCUCAAAGUGGGAUCCUGAAACGAUGCCAGUAUCUGCCUGUUCUACUGAGAGGAGUGUGAAGGAACAGAACAACCCGUUUUUAUCCUGCGGGGAAUCUUAGUUUUUGUCGCUAGGUGUGCCAAAACCCUGUUAGAUGUGGAGGCUUUGGUGUUUACAUACAUAAGGGCGCAUUUAUUUAAUAUUACAUGUGCUUGGCUUGCUGGUUUUCCCUGAUUUGCCAGAUGUAAACAUCUUCUAGGGGAUUGAAGGUAAUUCAAAGGCACAGAUGGACAGAUACGCAGAGUAUAGGAUAAAUGAAGGUUAAAAAAGUUGCAUUUUGAAGUUAAACUUUGAGCUGUCCUCCUUCUCAAUCUUUGUAUCAGCUGGUUUGUGUGAGAGAAGAAGAUUGGGCGGCUGUGAGUGCCCAGGGUGGACACUUUAACCCGGGUUUCAGAGCCCUCUCUCUGCUCUUAGUGUGUGUGUGUGUGUGUGUGUGUGUGUGUGUGUGUGUGUGUGUGUGUGUGUGUGUGUGUGUGUGUGUGUGUGUGUGUGUGUGUGUGUGUGUGUGUGUGUGUGUGCAGGGAACAGAACUGACUGUAAAUUACGGUUUUCAGCUCAUCCACCCACUCACUCGGCUUUGGAGGAUUCUUCCCUCCCUUCUUUGUCAACCCUAACAAGCCCUUUUCUUUUCAUCUAACACUCAAAUCUCUCUCUCUUCCUUUCUCUUUUUCCUAGUUUCCAUUUUUUCACUUUCAAUCAACUUGUGAGUCAAAAUCUUUUCUUUCUUUCUUUCCCCCCUCUUAUUCCAUGUCUGUCCAUCUCUACUCUCCAUCCUCUUCCUCCAGGAACCUCAAACAACUGUCAUCCAUAAUCCAGUGGACGGGACGAAGGUACUAGUUAUCCCCCCAGUCCUGACCUUUUCUUUUCCCUCUGUCAUCCUCCUCCUCUUCCUCAUCUUCUCCUUUUUCUUGAUCCUUCUUUUCAUCUUGCAUCCGCGUGAGCUUUUGAAAAAAUGUGUGUGUGUUUUAUAGCCACAGAUUAAACCCAGAUAGAUGACUCCUUUUAUAAAAUGGAACCAGGAAAUUGCAAAUGUUGCUUACCUCUUUAGCCGGUCCCCUGUUGUGCAGAUUUGUGUGUGCCGCUCAUUAUGCCACCCAGGAGACUCUGGCACACACAUUUACCCCUCUCAAAUUGUGAAGAAGUAUAGCUGUAAGCACCUCCACCUUUUGCUUCACAGAGCUACACUGUGCACUCCCAUCCCGAUGCCCCCCUCGACUCUGUCCACAUGUAGAUGGAGAGCUACAAGCAGUGCAGACAUUUUUAUUUUACUAUUUUAUUAUGAAGUGUAUUUACGACAGAUGUGACAGAGCUAUAUCCAGCUCAAUUACAGAAGCUAGUUCGCAAACACCAACUUGUUCAUGAAUAGAAAUUUAAAACACGCCAUCAUGCAUUAUGGCACAGCCUGUACUUGUGGGCAUUGAGACCCAGACUGGCUAAAAUUUGAGCGUGAGCUCCAGAUAGUAAAGAUCUCAUUCUGACUGCACACAAUGAUGUUUGUGGAUGAAAGAUUUUCAUUCACAUAGAAAGGGUCCAGUUUUUCCCCAAGUAAAGGCAAAAUAUCUCAUUUAAAUGUGACUUGCUCAGAUUUAACAGGUGCAAAAAUGGCAUAAAUACCGUAUUUUACUAUAAAAGGGUCGCGGUAUGAAUGUGUGUGUGUGUGCUCAGAGGUUGUGCAUGAACCCGCAUGACUUUGCAGUGAGAUCCCUCCCUCUCAGGUAUGACCAAGCUCUUCUUUUGCACUGGGAAGUUGCUUUUGCUGGCUUGUUAGAUGCUCUCUUGAAGGGAAAAGCACAGUAAAACAUCCUUUGCAUUAGAUUCCAGCUCACACUUUGGAAAGAGGUGUAUGGCUCUGAAUCACAUACAGCAGCAGGUCUGAGAAAUCCUGGACGAUUUCUCCUUCACUGCAGCUUUAAAUCAUAGCAGGCAGGUUUUGGGGCGCUUUUAUAAUUGAUUGCUAAGUUUAGUCCAUGUGUGCAUGUGAGAAGGAUGAAUUUUGACCUUUGCAGGCUAAUAAUGUUGACUGUGCAGGAAACAUGAGACUGUAGCAAUAAAAGGAAACUUAAAUCAGUGCUCUAUCAAAGCAAAUGUUAAAGCAAGGUGCACAAACUUGCAUAUCUCAUAUACUGUGGGUAUGGAGGUGUGUAAAUCCAGGUGGGGUUACAGCUCGCCUGUAAUUUAAAAAGAAAUAAGAUUCAUAAUGUCACAAAGAAAACUUCUCUAUGAUUCAGAGUACAGAAAAACCAAGUGUAGGUGGGAUCACACUUUCAGUGCUAUAUCUAAUAUCUGAUGUUUGCCCUUUUCUCCAUCACACUCACUCAAACAUUUUUCAUCUUCACUCGAUCUUCUUCUCCUCAGGUCACCAGCUGCUCUUUACAAGGCUUUGAAACCACUUUGGUGCUUUGUGUGCUCGUGAUGCUUCUCCUGCACGUGCGUUCUCCUAAUGAGGUCACAGAGUCUCCACACUCCCCUCCACAUGCAGGGGGAAUUUAGACCCAUUUAAUCUACUAAUUGGAAAUUACAAGCCAACUCCUCCUCUGGUGAAGCUUGAAAAAGUGAGGAAAAAAGCUGAGCAGAUGCUAAGAUAGAUGAGUCCUGCUGCAGAUGACGACAGAUAGCCUCUCUUAUCAGAACUAGUUGGUUGGAGCACUCGGCACACAGCCACUGUGAUGACGGUUCUGGUCGGCAUGGUUUGACUUUGAUGACUGUUUCACCUUAACACUUUAACAGCUAUGGUCAUUGUUUUGUUUGGUGUCUAUGAAUGGAAGCAAAGUUCAAUGAUGUUGUCGGUUUUCUGGGAUUUUGAAAGACCUGGAAGUCCAACAUAGAGUCCUGAUCAUGGACUGUUUGUAAGAAGUGGAUUUCGAACUUUUAUGGUGUUAAAAACGAAGCACCAUGAACUUGUAUUCUUCCAAAAGGCUCUACUAGAGAAACACCCCUCUUCUCAUCUGAUUGGAUAACUUUGUAAACAUUGAAGUUGAAAGUUUAUGGACUUAGAUUCUAGUUUCAAAUCCUCUGCAAAAAAUCCUGUUUUGUUAGUGUAUAAAGAUCCCCUUAGGGUAAAAUCUAAGGUGAAGGAGUUUCCUCUGGCUGUAACUGGUUAGAAACUUUGUCCAGAUAAGGUCACUCCUGGCCUUCAAAUCUCAGUCUUCAAAUCUCUGGGUUAAAUCCCAUUUCCCACUUCCGUACGGUCCACAGUUUGGACUUUGCUUGAACAAGUCUCCCAAUAACUCUGAGUGUGUUUGUCCUCCUAAGUGUUCAGCAUAAAAAUGUGUAUUUUGGCCUUUAAAUCCAAACUGACUGUCUCAUGUCUGAUCUCCAGGAAUCUUCGGACAGCAGCAACACCACCGUGGAGGAUGAGGAUGUGAAAGGUAAGACCGCACAGAUACCAAACCUGACAGAACACUCAAAAAGGGUCAAGGACUGGGCUGUGUGCUGCUCCAGAUGGUUAAAUUCUCUAUGCAACUUAGAUAUCUGGGAUCAUCACAAGACACUUGUACCGCUUGAAUAUAGUUGUUGUUGUUUAAUGUAGUUGUUACCUUUUUUUUUAGGCAGCUAGUCUGGGAGCAAACUGUGAUUCAAUGAGUGAAGUGAGAUCCACAUACCGUAUAGAUAUGCUAUUCUUUAUGCUAAAACUAGCUUGCUGGGUAUGUUCUGCCAGUUGCUGGUCUGUUUUAGUCCUCUGAAAUCAGCAUCCACACCAGUGAUGCCUUUUUUUAGAGACUGUGUCCACAAGGGUCAGUUUUUGCUCUUGCAGUUCUUAUUUUCUAUCAAAACCAGUGCAGUCGUGUUUUUUCGGUGCUCAUCAUCCUCUCCCCCUGCUGAUUUUAGUUGUUGCGUUCUCAGUUAAAAAAAUAGUUCAGUUUUUUUAUCACAGCCACAUUCUUGAGUGUCGCUUCUGAAUCACCAACCAAUCAAAAUCAAGAAGGUGAGAGAAAUAUUUUAAAAGCUGCUUGAAGGUCAGUAAGGGAAGAAGAACAUAUUUUAUAACCUACAAACAGUCAGCACCUGAGAGAAGCACUCUGUGCUGUGAGUGGACAUAGGCCCUUAUUUUCUGAACAGCUUGUUGCUGCUGCACUCGUUUUUUAUCUCUGUGUGUACCGGCGAAUGGCGUACUUUCUGUAUUGGAAUAUUUGAGUUGACAAAAAGUCAUUCAAAGUAAGUUUAAGCAGUUGCUAUUAUCAGAGUAAUGCUUAAGUAGAAAGUCCACCAAAAGAGAGUUUAGAGAUUUGGUUGUCACUUUGGAACUUGUUUAUUGUUACAGACUUAACUGUUGCUCUUGGAUGUUUCUGCUGAGAGCAGUUGUUUCUGAAUGUUUUUCUUGAAUAAAAUAGAUCUGAGUUUGAAGAUGUGCAAAGUUUACUUAAAAAAGACAUUAGAGGUGGCGUCUUGUUUAUCCCAGACCUGAGGGUGUGAAUGCUUUUUGAUGCCAGCUGGUGAAAAAGCCUCUCAUGGGAUUGGCCUUAUCUGCUUUACUGUCUGCUUUUAUUUAUUUAUUUUUUUACAGAUCUUAUUUAUGAUCAUUUACAAUAGCCCACGGGAAUAAUUUAAAGUUUACAUGCUAGGAUUACAGGGAUAUUCUUAAUGUACUGAUGCUGUUGUUUCCGAACAUGAAAAUUCAAACGUGGUCACCAGACAGUCAGCGGCUGAUUCCUGACCUCUUACUGACCCCUUAUGGCGCCUGGCUGUAUUGCUUGCUCUGGCUGGGUUUUCAAAAGACAUGCAGAGUGUUUGUGAUGUGAGUGUGUGUACAUGCUGUUGUGUGAGUGUGUGCGCGUUCCUUUUACAUGAGAGUUAGGCUAUAAGAGGCUUUGUAACACAGCUGCGGUUUGGCUUUCUCCAAAGUGUUGGCUGAAAUCUGAACACUGACAAACACACACCUCAAAAAUACUGACAUGCCUUCAUGGGGUGUCAACUUGCAGAGUUGUGCGCUUGUGUUGUGAGCGUGUGCAUUUGUCACCAGGGGCUAAAAUUAAAAAUGACAGUCAUAUUACACAUAUGAGCUAAUAACAUCACACUGAGUGUGACUGGAUCUAUGUUUGUGUGACUCUGUGUGUUUGAGUGUAAACCUAUGGGUUCUGGCUCGGCUUAUCUCUGCCGGCACACUCAAACACCCCUGCUCUCCUCCAUCUAGGCUGAGUACAAUGCGUCUAAAUCGGGUCAUGAAUGUAUCAUUUCAGUGGCAGGCUGGCAGAACAGAACAGAAUGUGCACCUUCAUCUCCUCCUCGUCCUCCUCCUUCUCCCUAUAGAGGCUUUGCUGCUGUGUCACAUAUUCCCCAGCAACCAUUUCAGAGACGUCAUGUAGGUCAGCGAGAAAAAGUGGCGAAUGUUGAAGAACAUCAACUAAAGCCAUCUCAAUCUGAAGGAAAACACACUCCAAAAAUCAGGAUUAUUUAGGAGACACUUUCCUCGUUAGUUUAUUGGAAGUUUCUAAUAUCUGCUUAAUCUGUAAUGGACUAAGUUGGAAACGACCUCAUCUCUAGAAAGUUCCUAACCUUUAUAAAAGAAUCACAGCAGUAUGGAGUAUAUUUGUUAAAGCUUCUUUAAGAAACUUUUGCUUAGUGUUGAAUUUGGCGCCCCCUGUGGACAGAGCGUAGAAGCAGACACAGUAAAUUUUAAACUUAACUCCAUUAGUGAUUACCAAAUAUGUUGACUUUGAAAAAAAACACCAAAUUCUACUCAAAAUUUGCGUAAUUUGACAUUAAUGUCAAAACCUGUUUUAAGUCGGACAGUCCAGCACCUCCAAUGGAAAGAGUCUCCAUGAUCCAAGUCCAGUAAGAGUUUACCCAAAUGUAUCAUAUCAAUAAAGAUCCACAGAUGACUUCAAAUCUACAGAGAUCCAUCUUACUUUCCAAGAAGAAGGUUUGAAUCCCUCCUCUUUCCCAGUAUGCUUUCACUGUUGCACCAAUGCAAGUCAAUCACUGACACACUGAUGCCGCCAAGUGGCACUACACGACACAUAUAUAGUGUCCUGAAGCAUAUCGAUGGGCAUGUGCUCAGCUCUGAUGAGGCAUCAUCUUCUUUAAUUCCAGUGUAGCCAGCGUAGUAUAGGACAAGUCCAGCCUAGACUUCUCUCACAAUGCAGCAUUUACAUACACCUGCAACAUGAACACCAUCACUAUGAUGGUUCCAAAGCAAUGCCUUUUCGCUGGUUUCUAGAAGUUCAUGGUAGAAAGGGUUCUAUAGAGGCUGUCAGACCAGAAAAAGAAACCAGAUCCCCCCCAUCAUUUACUCACAAUUGAUGAGUUUUAAGGUUGUCAGAGUAACAACAUCAUUGUAAAGUUGUGUAAAAGUGAAAACGCAAAAUUUUCCAGCUCUUUACUUAUUACAACUCGUGGCUGUGGAAGCUGUUUCUGCUGGGUACUGUUAGCUGACACCAAGCAGGCAUCAGUGUUUACAGGCAUUCAGAGUGAACAUACGGAGAUAGUCAAUCUUCUCAUCAGUUUUGGUUUGCAUUUGGAGCUCUCAAAAGGUGGCAGUACUGUUUCCUCAGCUAAAAACGCCCAACAGCAGCUUUAAAAGACCCAGUAAAAUAUUACUAGCUGGAUUCAUUUAAAAUUUUAUGUCAUGCUAUCUUUAUCCAAACUACUUUUAGCACUAUCCUCCUGGGAUCUAACCUCAUUUCCAGAGCACAAAAGAAACAUGUAACCUUUGGCUAUAAUAGGAAAGCUCACCAGAAAGUCAUAUAGCAAAGUAACUAUUAUAGGAGCUCAGACUGGUUGAGGACCCAGGGCUGGAUUGUAAGCUCACAUUUUUUAUUUUAUUUUUUACUCACUUUUUGCAUCACAUUCUUAAAUAAAUAAAUUGGAUGUAGCAGUUUUUAGCAUUUUGUCUUUUUCUAUUUUCUGGAGCUGCAUUGCCACACUGACAAAGCUGCCUGCAGUGUCCGCAGACAUUAUUUACAUUGUAAACCAGCCUCAUUGGCUCCCGCCAGAAAAUCUAAAAUGCCAUUAAUUAGCCACCAUAUUUAAACCCUGUGCCCUAGCUCAGAAAUCAAUGUUUUUUCCAUCAGCUGUUUUUCUUGCAGGAUGUGAGUUCACCUUUUUGUGCCUUUGAAUUGGAUCCAAUUUGAUGAUGAUUGAAGUUGGAUAGCCAAAAGGAGAAUGUCAUCACUUGAAGACCCUCAAACAGAGUCCUGUCCCAAACUGUCCCGAGGUGUUUCCCUCCUGUGAAUUUCCUUCCUGUCAAAUAUCCAAAUCAGAGCCAAAUCCUUCCACCCCUCCAUCCCCCCCUUGGCAGGAGAAAAGAGGGCAAGGGCACCUUGGGAGGGGGGGUCGGGCUAAAAGGGGAGAUGUCUAAAUUUAGCGCUGGUAGCAGGAAAUGGAGACGGAGUGCCCAGAGAGGCGUUAAAAACUCACCGCUCUGCUAGCGCCACCCUUAGAUAGCGUUAGUCUCACACAGCAGUUUUCAGACUCUUAAGAUACAAACAGACAUAUAGCACGGUUAGCGCCAGGCAGGACUACAAGAGCCAGGUGAGUGCAGGAGGCAGGGGAGUCCGGUGUUGGUUGGAAGAGUUUGUGUCAUGGUGUCCUGUGUGGGAACGUGUCAGGUCAGUGAGUGCUCGACAGCUGGUUUGCAACCCAACACCUGUGCUGGCGUUUGGAGCAUCUGAACACAUAUCUGCUCUGUUACUCGCCAAACUUUUAUAGGAGUCAAGACGUUACAGGCUCUGUUCUGUGAGGAGUGUGUUUUUAUGAGUCGUAAAGCUGCACUUUUGUUGCAUGGCUGACUUUCCUUUGUGUCGGGUAUGAUUUAUGAUUGCUUUCUUUUUGGUCUUAAAUCCAUAAGCUCCCCUUUUUGAAAUAUCUGGAAUUUGAAAAUAGUUGUUCUCUUACCUGUGAGUCAAAUGUGGGGGCUAAACUGUGACAUUUUUAUUCUUUCUAUUUCCUGUAAAUCCACCACCUUCGGCUUCAGGUGAAAAUGGUUUUCAUUGCGUUAGUCUGAGGACUAAAUUUAAGUAUAUUUGAGAGGAUGAGGUAAAACCUUUUAGAGGAGUAUUGGUUGGAAACACAAGCUCUUCUCUUUUUCUUCUAUGCCAGAUUCUCGUGCCACAUUUCUUCCUUCCUGUCCCUCUGUUUGUCAGCGAGCGUACAUGUGUUACAUUUCCCUCCGUUCCAGCUGAUUAAACAGACAAGUCAUAAUGAGUAACAUCCAGCUCCAUCCCUCAUUACCAUGGCCAUCACCGUCGUCAUCAUUCAUCCUCAGAUCACUGGCAAGACUCCCAUUAAAGCCUCAGUAAAAGCCCACAUGCAGCAGCAGCAGCAGCUUUAAAUCCUGUCGUAAUGGAGUCAUUAGUUUCGAUCUUUUUUAAUGAGAUCUGGUGGCACAGGACUGUGAUUCAUCAGAGCAAUAAAAUCUUGUGUUCAGUUCAGAGACUGACACGAUGGCACCUAUUGAAGUUGGACUUAUGUUGGUAAGCCCGGAGUUUGAGUUCAAAGAAAUGGUCCUCAAAGCAGGCUGCCUCACAUCACUUAACAGUGGAGGGAUAAAGAGGAAGCAGCAGCUGCUAGCAAGCUCGGGGGAGCAGCCCUCAGAAAGAUGAUCAGGCACUUUCCACAGCUAAUAUUUAAAAAUGUAUCAUGAAUUUGAAAACAACAUUAGAGAAAGUGUUCCCACAAAUUAUUACAAAAGCUUCCUUGUUACUUUUUAGUUCCGCUUAUUGCCGAUAACAAACGUGAUAUGACUUCAUGGCACUGUUGGGACAAUUGCAUGGAAGCCACACCCCCAAGGAUACCCUACCUAAUUAUUAAUACCUUCUUGUUCAAUCCACUCUGAUACAACAGUAAUUUAUAAAUUGAACAUAAUGUUGCUUCAAAGCAGACAUAAAACUAGUGAUAGUGACCGAAUAAUCUUUAUUAAUAUGUUAGAUGUGGAAAAAACAACAACUGAGAGGUUGAGUUUUUUUCUCAUGGACACCUUUACAGAAUGAUUUAUGUAAGUUUAGUUAAGUUUCAGGCUGUGGAGUCGCCACCUGCUGGUUGUCUGAAAAAAUGCAGGUGAAAGUCACCUUUAAGUUCCAAAUGACAGAAAUAUACUAAUGUAGAUUCAAUCAGAUUGGAUUAGAUUAGAUUAGAUUAGAUUAGAUAAAAUUUUAGAUUAGAUAAGAUUAGAUCAGAUUAAGUUAGGUAAGGAUAGAUUAGAUUGAAUUAGGUUGGGAUCGAUUAGGUUGGUUUUCAUUAGAUAUGACUACAUUGGUUAGAUCGUAUUAAAUGAAAUUGGAUUAGAUUAGACAAAAUUAGAUAUGAUUAGGUUGGUACUCGCUGGAUUACAUCAGAUUGGAUUUGAUUGAUUCAGUUAGAUUAGAUAACAUUGGGUUAGAUUAGAUUAGAUUAGAUUAGAGACUGUAGGCAUAUAGAAUAUAUGCAGUGGUGUAUCAGAAAGAAAAAAAGCAAAAUGCCUUAAAAUAUGUUCAGCAAAAAAUUGAAUGCUGUCCUGAUUUCAUGUGAGGGAACCCCCAAACAAACUGCUUCAUCAUUUGAAAGGGCAAAAUAAUGUUACAUCAGGUAGUGUUGAUAGUUAAUGUACGACAAUGUUAAUUACGAGCUGCAGCAAAAUUCUGGAAAAUGGUCCUUUUUUUACCAGUAUUGUCUCCUCAGAUGCAGUCCUGUACUGUUCUUAUAAAAUGAAUGAAACUAUGACUUGGAGUAUGUUAUUUUUUCAAGGUACAUGUGAUAGCACAGUUCAAGAGUUCAGGUGUGAUGUAAUAAACUGGGAGGAGUCGGUCUCCUGGCUGUAGCCUCGUACUGCCCGUCUUUCAGUCAGAACAUGUUGGUGUUUGAGCGUAACACUAAAUCGUCACUGUAAAAGAGUCUCCAGAAAAGAGUUGGAACCUUGAUUCAUCCACUGUCACCACAUCAUCCCACUCCUGCUUUACCCGUUCCAUCACAGUCAUGUGUCUGUUGUGUUUUUGUGUGAAUAUGCGCGCUGGUUGUCAUCUCUCUGUAUAUGUAUGUUUGUUUUGUGUCAUUCUGCGUGUGUGCAUGUCAUCAGGAAAGAGCUUAGACAACAACAGCUCGCUUAAGGCGCAAUCCAGCACGAGCUCCCAGCCUGAUAGCGCUCAGAGCCCCCCAGCUGCUGCGUAUAGUAAGUCAGCACAGCCCGACAGAUGCAGCUUCACACACACACAGACUAACACACACAUGCUUGUACAUGGACACGCUCCAGUAGAAAUUUACCUCAACUUAAUCCUUCCCGCCUACAUCACUAACUCCCCCUCUCAUACUUAGCCUCACCCCUUCAUUAACGCAAAUUAACCAGCAAAGAGACACAAACUUCUGGUGACAUUAAAAUCUCAAAAUGAGACCAAGUCAUUCUGAAAAACGGUGAGAUGCUGUGUAGUAUUUCUACUCCUCUACAACCCAAUCCCCUCUCCUCCCUCUGCCCACGCCUCGUGUGUUUAGAACAACUUGUUGCCUCCACCUUCUGGACAGAAGUGGAAUCACAACACGGCACAGACAUUUGUUGUUUUUCAGGCAUCUCAGAGCAUGAGUGUUAUCCUUGUCUUUUGUUUUCAUCUCUCUGGACUUUGUCUCGGUGAGCUCUAAUGAUAGAUCCAGUGUCGCAGUAGGGAUUUUAACCUUUUUCCUGUAACAAUGUCAAAAAAGUUACACCUAAAGCAAGGACACAGGCCUGAUCUGAAGAUUUUGACUUGAAGAAAUGCUAUUUAUUCAUCCCAUCUGUCUCCAUUAAUCUAAGAUAAGAAAAUUCAAGCAAAACUUCAUCUAAAGAGAUAGAUGCAGCAUGGUACAGUGUGUAAGCAUUUAGCAUCACAGACUCGGUAGAAAAAACUAACUGUAAAUAAAAAAAUCUAUUUGUUUGUGUUCCAUAUAAGAGCAUCCUCAAAGGUCACUCAAAGGGGGCAUUUCAAGCAAGAAUUUGACUCCUAGAUAUACUCGUUUCUGCACACUGACUUCUUCCUUACUGCUCGCUAAGACAAAGUUUUUCCAUCUGAAAGUCCACACCUCUUUUGUCAACCCUCCACUGUUUCCCAUCUUCCUCCCCCCUGAACUUAGCUGCGACAAAGUUUGCUGACUUGCUGGGCUCAGUGCGUCGGGGCUCAGGGCCCACAGCCGACUGUGAGGGGAGAUCCAGCACCCCACCUCCUGCUGUCCUUUCCUCCCCCUCCACUCCUCACCCCCCUGUUGUCCCAAUGCAGAGUGAGUUGAAAACGACAUGAGUUUCCAUGGGACUUGAAAAACCUGGAUGACCAUCCUCAUAUUCACACGGCAGCCGUUUUCCUCUAUAGUCAGACUUGGUGCAAAAUGUUUACGGUAGACACGAACACCUCUAUCCCAUGGACAGAUGUUUUAACUCAUUACAAGAAAUUCAGGUCUUACUUUAUGCUUGCGGUAUCUUCAAACAAGUUGCUUAUCUGGUUCUCUCAGGUAGAUAUGCCUUCUUCAAAAAAGUAUCACAAAAGAGACACAAGAUUUUAUCGAAUUGUGUCAUCAUGAUUAAGGAAACCCCUUAGAAGACCAUUAAAUUUAAUGCUUAUUAAUUUAAUACUUAAUUAUACCUUGUUUGUUCUCUUUCAAUUAGAGAUUUUGUCCCUUUCCAAACUUUCUGGAACAGAUUUGGGAUUCAAAACAAUUUUUUUUUUUUGCAACUUGUUAUUUUGAAUAGAGAAACACCGGAUAAUAAAGAUGAAGAAGACUGAUCAAAUAAGCUUUACGUAGCGUGCACAGUGAGUGAGGCACACAGUAGAAGGGGAAUGAUUAUUCAAACAAUAAAAUAUAUAUAUAUUUUUUUUUUUUGCUUGGGUUGCUUGUCCCUAUGGCAGCAGUGGAAGAGGCUUACAGAGAGCUAGGUAAGGGCCUAAAGACAGUAUCUGAAAUGAAGCUUUUCACUCCAUGCAAAGGUUUUGGACUCCACAGUACAUGAAUGAACAAUUAUGUUUCACCGUGAAACAGGCCCUAAUAAGUGUGAUUUCAGGUCGACAGAGAAGCGAUGACAAACAGUCGUAACAACCGUCAGGCAACAACACUAAAGCUCUCCUAGCUUCAGAGGAAAGUGGCUGUCUGUGAAAAUGGGCUUUAAAUUCGUCCCUUUAUUCCGUAUUUGUUUCCCUCUUCUCUGUUUCUAAUCUGCUCUCUUGCAUUCCUCCCCCAACCAACCCAUCCAUCCUCUCUGGAACGGCAACACAGUGUCUAGACUCACAGACCUGGUAAGCAGCGUUCGCAGGGCGCCGGCACCCCCUGCGCCUGAGGUUGACGCAGCACCGGCACCAGCACCAGCACCGGCACCAAUACCUAGUGCCAGAUCUGCCCCUCCACCCGCACACACAACCUCCCCUCCUCCCCCUCACUCCCCCUCCAGCCCAUCCCUGUCCUCCUGUCAGAGUGAGUACAGAGCAUGAGCCUGUGACCCCCACUCCUCACCCUCAGUGUGCAGUGUGUGUUUUUAACAGUUCCGUUUUGGCGAUGAGGGUCCAUUGAGUGGAGUGUGUUGCGCUGAACACUCAUUUAUCUCUGAGCCUUUUUUAACCUCCUCCUGGGUCUGCCAGAAAGACCUGCUGCUGCUGGAUUUGGUUGCUCCAACGGUUGAUGUUGCUUGUGUUGAUAUACAGAGAUUUCUGUGUGUGCUCAUAAUACGACGCGUUUGAGAGUCCUCUUCUUUAUGAAUGUGGGUGACAGGAAUGUUUCCCCAAACUAAUCUGACUGUGAUUUAACAUGCUGCAUCAAUAGUUUCUUACGCAGAAUCAAAGCUUUCCACGAUUUAACAAACGACACAUAGAAAUGUACUUUUCCUGCUGAGUUUUUCAAAUCACGCCGUAUUCCCACGUUCCACCUCAUGACCUGCUGUUGCUGUUGUCUCUAGCUAACUUCUCCUUUUUUUCCGUCUGCAGCACGCAAACAGGAAAUCAUCAAGAUCACUGAGCAGCUGAUAGAGGCAAUCAACAAUGGAGACUUUGAGGCUUACGCGUGAGUCUUAUCCUUGGUUGUGGUUUUUGUUCCUCACCGUCAAACAAAAACCCCAAAAUCAUGUUCACCCUCGCUAAAUCCUUCUUGCUCUCUCCUGCGCAGUAAGAUUUGUGACCCUGGACUGACUUCAUUUGAGCCUGAGGCGCUGGGUAACCUGGUUGAGGGGAUGGACUUCCACAGAUUCUACUUUGAGAACCGUAAGAUUAAGAGAUUUUUUUGCUAUAUGUUGUUUCAUAAUGACGUCCAUUUCCAGAAAUUGUUUCAUAUCUCACAUCUGUGGUUUUACUUUUCACGUUUUCACCUUAUGAUUAUUCUAGCCAAAAUACGAUUUUGACAAUAGUAUUAUCAGUCAAUUGUGGGAAAGGCUAGACAAGGGUGAAUGCCUUAAACAUAAACCAGAGCAACUUUGCUUCAAAUAAUGAUUUCUAAAAUGCUUUUAUUUUGAAAUUCUUACUGUCUUGCAUUCACAUUGCCUUAUUUCUAAUACUGUAUGAAUAUGCUUUUAAUUUGAAACGAAUUACAAGUCAUAUUGGUAGACUAUGAGUUACAGAACCCAAUGAAAACUGUUUUGAUAACAGUUAAAAGUGCAAAUAUUUGAUGUGUUGUCUCCUGCUGAAAAAGCACAAGCUCAUCCAGUGUUAAGACAUCACUGCCCCCCCAUUAUGAGCCAGACUAUUCUGGGAUGCAACGGCGGGCGGAGUCACUUUGGUUGCAUGUACAGAGUGGUAGAAAGCACUGACCCAAACACACAAAAAGACUUAAAAAUAAAGAUCCGGAGAAAUUUAAAGUAAAAGUUUCUAGUGUUACAAAGCCAGUAGAUCCAAAAUAAACCACCAUCAUCACUGACCGAGCUAAAUUGGUCAGGUCUGGACCAGCUAGUGUUCAGAGUUUCAGCAUAAAAGCACUAUCCUUUCAGUAAUUAUGAUGUGACAGAGUGGUCUGUGGACAGCGUGUACUCACCUGGAUUUGAAAUCAGGUUUAAAUGUAAGAGAAGCCAAUAUCUGUCCCCAUAUUGAUGCCCACAGAUUUCUGUGUCUUUGGUUAAGGGAUGUGCACAACCUCUGAACAGAGAAUUCAAAGAAGAGCUGAACCAGAUUGCACAUCUACCGGUACAAGAGCAUUGGUGUGUCAUGUAAACAUCACUCUACGUUGUUUCUUUGAGUAAAUUCAACAGCUGAUGUUUGUUUGUCUUGCUGCAGGCUGACAGUUAAAGUUGUGAGACUGCAUGAAAAGUCUUGAGCCUUUUCUCUGUUUAUAGAAAAACGGAUACAUUUUCUUUUCUAACUGUAAAAAAAAAAAGUUUAAAAACAAUGGAAAAAAGAAAAGUCAUUGAAAUCUUGUUAUUUUCAGUUUUAGCCAAGAACAGCAAGCCCAUUCACACCACUAUUCUGAACCCUCACGUCCACCUGAUCGGCGAGGAUGCUGCCUGCAUCGCUUACAUCCGCCUGACUCAGUUUGUGGACGGCCAGGGUCGGCCGCGGUCCAGCCAAUCAGAGGAAACUCGAGUGUGGCAUCGCAGGGACAGCAAGUGGCAGAACAUCCACUUCCACUGCUCAGGCGCACCCGCUGCACCACUACAGUGA